AUGAAACAUCUUUGGCCGUUGGUGGCUUGGAUACUCCUGUCCUUGUGGCCGGCCGAUUCCCACGCCGGAAUCGGACGAGGACCGAGGCGCGAAGUAUUCUUUCUGAAUUUGGAGGACGGUUACUUCGGGUGUCAGGUGAACGAGUCGACAGACGUUCUCCAACUGUUGGAGCUGUCGAAAUUGUGCGAUAAGAAGAACGACUGCUUCGGCGGCACGGACGAGCAACGGGAACGAUUGAAGUGCACGGACGAUUGCACCAAGGAAGAUGGGAGCAAGUGCCAGAACGGCGUAUGUCUCGACUCCGUUUGCCAUUGCAACGACGGUUUCGGCGGCUGCAAUUGCCAAGUGCCAGACGAGAACGAGUGCAAGUACAGGCCCUGUGAUAUUUUUGCCCAUUGUACCAACACACUCGGAAGUUUCCACUGUUCCUGUUUUCCUGGUUAUCGAGGCGACGGCUUCUACUGCGAAGACAUCGACGAGUGCGCGGACCCCGCGCUCGCUGCCCGCUGCGUCGAGAACGCCGAGUGCUGCAAUUUACCGGCCAAUUUCCUGUGCAAAUGUUUGCCCGGUUUUAAGGGCGACGGCGAAGAACUCUGCGAGGAUAUCGACGAGUGCGAAGCACCCGGGGCUUGCGGGGACAACGCUCUUUGCCAAAAUACACGAGGAAAUUACACGUGCUCGUGCGAGCAAGGAUACCAAGGAGACCCGUUCGUGACUUGUAACGACAUCGACGAAUGCCAAAGCGAAGGCGCCUGCGGCCGAGGUGCCCACUGCAUAAAUUUGCCAGGCACCUUUACCUGCAAAUGCCCGGAAGGAUACGACGGAAAUCCCGAGGACGGGUGCUCCGACGUGGACGAAUGUGCGAGAAGUCCUUGCGGUCGUUCGGCCCUCUGUACGAACGUGGAAGGAUCGUUUAGAUGCGCCUGUCCUGACGGAAUGGACGGCGAUCCACUGUCUGGCUGUUACGACGUAAACGAGUGCGAGGCGAGCGUUUCACCCUGUGGAAAAGAUUCGACGUGCGUGAACACCGAUGGAAGUUACGAGUGUCGUUGCCUGACCGGUUACCAAAGGGAUACCGUCCACGGUUGCAUCGACGAUAACGAAUGUUCGAGGACAAACGCUUGUGCGCCAAACGCUAAAUGUAUCAACGUGCCAGGAUCUUACAAAUGCUUGUGUCCCCAAGGCUUCAUCGGGCAAGGCCUCAUUUUUUGCGAAAAUGUCAACGAAUGCAAGGACGAGCCUUGCGGCGAAAACGCCGAAUGCGUCGAUACACUCGGGAGCUUCGUUUGCAGAUGUAAACAGGAUUACACUGGGGAUCCUUUCAAAGGCUGCACUGACAUAGACGAAUGUACAGCCUACCAAAACCCAUGCGGCUCGAAUGCGAUUUGCAAAAAUGCUGUUCCCGGAUACACUUGCCUGUGUCCACCCGGAUACAGCGCCAAUCCGAGCCCUCAGGUCGCCUGCGAUCAGACCGAUGUGACGACACUCUGCAAAGUGAACUUCGAUUGCGUCAACAAUGCGGAGUGCAUCGAGGGACAAUGUUUCUGCAAAGACGGUUUCAAAGCGGUCGGGGCGGAGUGCGAGGACGUGAACGAGUGUCUGAACGACCCAUGUGGACCGGCAGCUAUUUGCACGAAUACACGAGGAAGUUAUCACUGCGAAUGUGAGACUGGGUUCAUCGGAACACCGCCUCACAUCGCUUGCAAAGCUCCCUGCGACGAAGUCACGUGCGGGGAGCAUGCUUUCUGCAAAGCUGACGGUCACGAAGCUUAUUGCAUCUGCGAAGACGGAUGGACUUUCAAUCCGAACGAUAUUUCAGCCGGUUGCGUUGAUGUUAACGAAUGCGAUCCAAUCAACGGGCCUUCGGGGAGAUGCAGUAAAAACGCCAUUUGUACCAACACCCCUGGAAGUUUCACGUGCCAGUGUAAGCCUGGAUACUCUGGAAAUGCCUUAAAACAAUGCAUGGACAUCGACGAGUGCGUCAAAAAUAACGUUUGCGGACACGGUGCAACGUGUACGAAUGUCGAUGGAUCGUACACUUGUGCCUGCCCGGAAGGUACGAUUCCCGAUCCCGAUCCUUACAUAAAGUGCGUUGGAGUUGUAACUUGUGACGCUGAUAGCGAUUGCCCGGGUAAUGCGAUCUGCGAUAGUCAGAGAAGGUGUUUGUGUCCGGAGCCGAACGUCGGAAAUGACUGCAGGCAUCCCUGCGAGGAUUUGUCGUGUGGUCCGAACGCCCACUGCAUGCUUUUGAACGACGUGGCGACAUGCCUAUGCAGUAGCGGUUAUACGGGAAAGCCAGGUGUCAAGGGCGGCUGCAAGGACGUGGACGAGUGUGCAGUGAACCCUUGUCCUUCCGGAGCGAUUUGUAACAACGAGCCUGGAACAUUUUCGUGUCAAUGUCCGAGCGGCACAACGGGCGAUCCUUACAGCGGGGGUUGUGAGAAAUCUGACAUUCCCCACGUGUGCGGACCGAGCACGCCGUGCCCGGCUGGAGAACAGUGCGUUAAGGACGAAUUUAUCGGUAGCAAUGUCUGCAUCUGUCAGCGGGGUUACACGAGGGACCAUGAAACUGGAAAAUGCCGGGACAUCAACGACUGCAUGGAAACAAAAGACAAACCAGCCUGCGGUAUCAAUGCAAUUUGCAAAAAUUUACCAGGCAGCUACGAGUGCCAAUGCCCGCCCGGAUUCAAUGGGAAUCCUUACACCUUGUGCGAGGAAUGUAACAGCAUCGAGUGCCAGUGUCAACCACCGUAUAAAAUCGUCGACGGCAAGUGCAUGCUGUCGGGCUGCUCGCGAGGCGAAGCUUGUCCCAAAGGUGCUGAAUGUAUCACGAUCACUGGAGGAGUCAGUUAUUGCGCUUGUCCCAAAGGCUUCACCACCAGUUCCGAUGGAUCCUGCGAAGAUAUAAACGAGUGUACAAACGGUCACCAAGUUUGUGGUUACGGUGCCGAGUGCAUAAACCAACCGGGCUCCCAUGAGUGCGUCUGCCCGCACGGUUACGGUGGCGAUCCUUACAACGGUCUCUGUUCGCCAGCUCAAAAGCGGUGUACGAACGACAACGAGUGCAAGCCCAAUGAAAAGUGUGUUCAGCCUGGCGAAUGCGUUUGUCCGCCGCCUUUUUACACCGAUGCUCUCGACGGAAAUCUCUGCAAAAAUCCCUGCGAUCGUUUCCCUUGCGGUAUCAAUGCGAAAUGCACACCAAGCGAUCCUCCGAAGUGCAUGUGCGAAGUCGGCUACGAGGGCGAUCCCCAACACGGCUGCGUCGACGUGAACGAGUGCGCGAACAAUCCUUGCGCUCACGGAGCGUAUUGCGUCAACAAUCACGGCGGUCACGUUUGCGAAUGCCCGCAUGGGAUGUCGGGCGAUCCAUACGGCGUUGGCUGCACGGGCUCGAUCGUAGCUCGUUCCGAAUGCUCGAGCAACGACGAGUGUGACAAUUAUUACGCCUGUGUUCAAGGUAAAUGCGUCAAUCCGUGUGACAACGUGCCCUGCGGACCAAACGCUUACUGCGAGCCUGACAAGCACGCUCCCUGGUGCAGGUGUCUGAAUGGCUUCACCGAGGGAAAGAACAACGAAUGCGUGUCUCAAUGCGACGGUUUCGUUUGCGGCGCCGGAGCUCAAUGCAUCGUCAGUUACGACGGUCCGACGUGCAAGUGCAUCGAAGGUUUUAUGGGAAAUCCAUUCCCCGGGGGUGAGUGCGCUCCGGAUGUAUGCACCCCGGACGUGCCCUGCGCGGAGCCAAGCGUGUGCAUAAGCGGCCGUUGUAAGCGUCGCUGCGAAGGCGUUGUAUGCGGCAUCGGUGCAAUGUGCGAUCCCGAAACUAACAAGUGCGUCUGCAAUCCGUACUUCGUCGGCAAUCCCGAUCUCCUGUGUAUGCCACCGAUAGAGCCGCCUCGGUGCGAACCGAAAUGCGGUGAGAACGCGCACUGCGAAUACGAUCGUACGGACUUCAAGUGCGUGUGCAAUCCCGGCACUAGCGGUAAUCCUUACCACGGUUGCGGUGCACAAAAGAAAUCGGAGUGUUCGAGUUCGGUGUGCGGAAAAGAUGCGCUUUGUCACGCUGGUCCGAACGCCAUCGAGUGCGUUUGUCCCCCCGGUUACGCUGGAAACCCGUACAUUCGGUGUCACGACAUCAACGAAUGUAACGGAAAUGCUUGUGGUUUGAACGCCGUGUGUAUAAACACCAUUGGAAGCUACGACUGCCGCUGCGUCGACGGCUUCUUCGGCAACCCGUUCACCGACUGCCAGGCCCUGCAGCCUGGUCCGUGCAAACAUCCGGAGGACUGUCAAUGCAGUCUAGAGAUUCCUUGUCCCAUCGAUUACACGUGCGUUAACGGCAAAUGUCUUGACAAAUGUCACAACGUCGACUGCGGCCCAAGGUCGGUGUGCCAGGACGGAACUUGUCUCUGUCCACCCGGCUACAAGGGCAAUCCGAAUGACAAAAUAAAAGGGUGCUAUUUGCGGGGCCACUGUUCCAACGAUCUCGACUGCGAGCCCCAACAAAUUUGCUUCCAAAUUGGCAAAGGUGUGAGAAAGUGCGUUGAUGCGUGCGGCAAACUGCAGUGCGGACCGAACGCAUUUUGCGUAACGCAGAACCACGUUUCAUCGUGUUUGUGCAUGGACGGCUAUUACGGAAAUCCGAGUAACCUUGUGAACGGAUGUCAACCGGAUCGGAGCGUCGUGACACCAGGCUGCACGCACAACAGCGAUUGCGCGAAGGGACACUUUUGUUUGGUCCAAUCGAACGGUCUUCAAGACUGCGUUGAUCCCUGCAGCAAAGUCGUUUGUGGCUCGCACCAACGCUGCCUGCCCGAUUCUCAAGGCCACGCUGAAUGCGCCUGCCAGGAAUCGUACGAGUGGAAUCCGAUUAGUUCGUCGUGCGAAAAACCGUCAGUUCCGGAUUGCAUAUCAGACGAUGAUUGUCGCGCGAGCGACGCCUGUCGGCCUGACGCCCUGGGAGUACUCAAGUGCAUACCGAUUUGCGACACGUUCACCUGCACCCUGAAUUCACAGUGCGUGGCGCACGAUCAUCGCGCCGCUUGCGAGUGUCUGCCAGGUUUCACCGGAAACCCUAACGAUCGGCAGGGUUGUCAGAGCGCGAGAAAAGAUCAUUGCACUACCGACGCUCAGUGCGCGGAAGACGAAACUUGCAGGUCGUCCGGCGACAACGUGUUGACUUGCCAGCCGGUGUGUAAUUUCGUCAAGUGUGGUCCCAACGCACUUUGCGUUGUUAACAAUCACGAAGCCAUUUGCGAGUGUCCACCAGGUCUGUACGCCGGGGACCCUAACGAAAUGGCCCACGGCUGCAAAACCGUGCCUUGUGUCUACAAUAUCGACUGUCCACCGACUCAACUUUGCAACAGACUCACGCACACGUGUUACAACGCCUGCGACGAAAAUUCCUGCGGUACUAAUGCUGUUUGCAUAGCGGAUGACCAUCGGGCAAUCUGCCAAUGUCCACCUGGAUUCCGAGCCAAUCCGGUGCCCGAUGUAGAGUGCGUUGCCGUCGAGGCCUGCAAUCCGAACCCCUGUCAUCACACUGCCGUCUGCCUGGUUGGUCCAACUAAUAAUCCAGUUUGUCAGUGCCAGCCGAAUCACGUUGGAGACCCGUACGAGAGCGGAUGCCAGCCCGAGGGCGCUUGCCACUCGAACAAAGACUGCCCCGUUCAUUCGAUAUGCGACAAUCAAAGAUGUAUCAAUCCGUGUGAAAGCGCUUGCGGAGCCAAUGCUAUUUGUGAAAUAAUAAACGGUCAACCGUUCUGUCGGUGUAUCCAUCGCUUCGUACCGUCCAGCGAAGGACCCCAGCACGGUUGCGUUAGGUCAACCAACUACUGCGUCCACGACGGCGAUUGCGACGGAGGUAAUUGCAUCGAAGGACAGUGCAAGGCCGUGUGCCGCACUACCAAGGAUUGCGCUGCCAAUGAAAAAUGUGUCAACAGCGUUUGCGUCGUGCCUUGUGUCACCCCGACCCAGUGUCAAACGGAUCAAACCUGCCACAGCGGUGUUUGCAUACUCGGAUGUCGCAACAGCCGCAACUGUCCUUCGGAUCAGUCCUGCAUCGAGAACCAGUGCCGGAAUCCUUGCGCUAAGAAGGAUGUUUGCGGGGCCAACGCUAUCUGCACCUGCCUCGACCAUACCACGACUUGCUCUUGUCCUCCUGGAUUCCAGGGCAACCCAACGCCCACUCAAGGCUGCGUGAGAGUUCCCGGCAUUUGUCACUCCAACGGAGAUUGUCCGGCGCUGCAUUACUGCGUCGCUGGGCUUUGUCAAUGUCAAUGCACGAGCGAUACCAAUUGUGCGCGCGGUGAAACGUGUAAAAAUGGUUUUUGCGUCAAAGUUUGUUACGGCGACGGGAAUUGUUUGCCGGGCGAAUUGUGCGUCGACGGUAACUGCGAAAUCGGUUGUACGUCCGACGCCGGAUGCAAGAACGACGAGGCCUGCAUCAAUGGCAAAUGCCGGUGCAGUCAGGGCUUCAUAGCCGGUCCAGCCAGAACUUGUCUCGACAUCGACGAGUGCGAGGACAGGCCGUGCCACCAUACCGCCGAAUGUGUCAACCUCCACGGUUCCUACCGCUGCGUCUGUCCUCAAGGAACGGCCGGCGACGCUCUGACCGGCGGAUGUUUGACGCCACAUCAGUGCGAACACGACAACGACUGCCCGGAUUCUCAGGCCUGCGUACAACACAAUUGCUCAGACCCUUGUUCCCUGGUGGAUUGCGGACUGAACACCAUUUGCUCAGUGAUAGAUCACGCAGCCGGUUGUCAGUGCCAGCCCGGUUACAUCGGUGAUUCAUCCGGUUGCUUCAAAGUCGAGUGCCUCACCGAUAACGACUGUCCCGACGAUAAAUACUGCAAUUCCGAAAUAAACAAAUGCUCUAAUUCGUGUAACCGUCUGCACUGCGGUUACGGUAAUUGCGUCGCUGUUGGCCACGCUGGAAUUUGCAAAUGUCAUACUGGUUUCGUGCUGGCUGGUGGCGUUUGCGUCGACCUUGACGAGUGUCUGUCCCACCCUUGCCACGCCACUGCCACGUGUCACAACACCGAAGGCUCCUACCGUUGCACCUGUCCUCACGGUUUGGUCGGCGAUCCGUUCCAACUGGGAUGCAAGCAGCCCGGCGAUUGCUUCACCGAUUCCGAUUGCCCCACGACGGCAUCCUGCAUCGAAAAUACUUGCAGGAAUCCCUGCGACGUCCCGUCUAUUUGCGGCAUCAACGCUGACUGCGUUACGAGAAAUCACGUCGUCCAGUGCAGAUGCUCCGGACAGAGCACAGGCGACCCGAAGUCCGAGUGCAUACGCUUCGAGUGUAAUCACCACAGCGAUUGUUCGCCCAACGAAGCCUGCUUCGAUCAUAAAUGCGUGGACCCCUGCACAGUGCCGAACGUUUGUGGCCACGGUGCCGACUGUUCACCGUUUAAUCACAGCGCCCACUGCACCUGUCAGCCAGGAGGCACCGGUGAUCCGAACCUCGGCUGCACUCCUGUGCAAUACUGCAAAAGUGACGUUCAGUGUCCAACGGGAUCAGCCUGCAACGGGGGCAUUUGUACCACGCUCUGUUUCAGUCUCAGAGACUGCAUCGGCGAUCAACUGUGCAUAGGAGGCCUUUGCCGUCCGACUUGUAGAAACAACUCCACCUGUCCAGAGUAUCAGUACUGCCAUAACAGCGUUUGCGUGCAGGAACUGCGUUGCAAUAACGACAAUGAUUGCGCUAUAAACGAAGCGUGCGUAAUUAACGACAUGGGACAAGCGGAAUGUCGGAAUGUGUGUUACGUCGGGGCAUGCGGUAGAAAUGCGGACUGCACAGUUUCGGUAGCCGGUCAUAUAGCUGUUUGUCGCUGUCAGAAAGGCUUCUACAGUGCUCCGAACAGAGACAGAAUCGAUUGUCAACCCAUCGAGUGCACAAACAACGAGGAAUGCUCCGAAGAGAAAAUCUGUGAUAGACACAAGUGUCGCAUAGCUUGCUUGGCUCGGAAUCCUUGCGGGGUGAAUGCGAUCUGCUCGACGAAAAAUCACGUCCAGGUUUGCUCUUGCCAGCCUGGUUACACCGGUGAGCCAACGGUGGGGUGUCAGUUGAUCGACUAUUGCGCCGAUUCGCCGUGUGCACCCGGCGCAAUUUGCAGCAAUGCUCGCGGAUCUUACAAAUGUCUUUGUAAACCCGGAACCGUUGGAGAUGCUUACAACAGCGGGUGCCAGCCACCGGUCGAGUGUCUCAAAGACGACGAUUGUCCACUUACCGCGACGUGCCUCGAGAUAAACGGCGUGCCGAAAUGCACCGACGUUUGCUCGAGAAUACAGUGCGGCCCUAACGCGGACUGCGUCGCUGAAUAUCACGCUGGCUCGUGUCGCUGCCACGACGAGUACGUGGGAGACCCCCAGGACCUCCGCACCGGCUGUCGACCACAACCGAUCGCUUGCAUCUCGACGUCGGCUUGUCCCGUCAACACUUACUGCUACGAGAGCAUAUGCAGACCAUCCUGUCAUACCGACGAAGAGUGCAACUUGUCGGAUGUCUGCUUCGGCGGACAGUGCCUCGACCCCUGCAAAGUCCACGCUGCUUGCGGCAUCAACGCCGAGUGCCAAGUUAUCAGCCACACCAAACGUUGCAGUUGUCCACCAGGAUUCACCGGUAACUCGGAGACCGAGUGCGUCAGGUUACCGGUCUCCUGUCACGGAAACGACGAGUGCAACACUGGAAACACGUGCAGAGACAACGUCUGCUUGCCGGUCUGCGCGAUCGACAACGAAUGCGCUUUCAACGAGAAGUGCGUCAAUGGAAAUUGCCUGCUAACUUGCCGACUGGACAACGAUUGCUUCCUCGGUCACAUAUGCCUGAAAAAUAUGUGCACGUACGGAUGCCGGGCCGAUGUCGAUUGCAACGCGAACGAAGCUUGUCUCGCGAACAAAUGUUCGAACCCCUGCGACGUUACGCCCUGCGGUCCGAACGCCAAGUGUACAGUUUCCAAUCAAAGAGCCACGUGCACGUGUCCCGUUGGAUUCAUGCCGAGUCCCUCGGCCCGCGUGGCCUGUCUCCGGUCCCCAGGACCUUCUUGUCAAGCCAACCGCGACUGCUCGCCAGGAAUGGCCUGCUUGUCGGGCACAUGUUCACCGGUUUGCUCCUCGAACGCGAACUGUCUGAGCAACGAACGUUGCGAUCCCACAGGCGUGUGUAAGUCGCUCUGUCGUCGCGACGAAGAUUGUCGCAGCGGUGAAAUCUGCGAGGGUCUCGUUUGUCAGGCCGGUUGUCGCGCCGAUAUCGAGUGCCCCGACGAAUAUUCUUGCAGAGAGAACCAAUGCAUCGAUCCGUGCGCGCCCAGCGAUUCUUGCGGUAGGAACGCCAAGUGCAGCGUCACGAAUCAUCAGAAGCAAUGCUCGUGUCCGUUCCCGCUGAUCGGCGAUCCCCUCGUCGGCUGCAAACGGCCCUUCGUCUCCUGUCACAACGAAGCUGAUUGCUCACCGGGCCAUACUUGCUUCUCGAAUACUUGCUCCACGACGUGUCGCAGCGACUCGAACUGCCUGGACGAUGAGCGGUGCGAGUCAGGACUGUGCAAAGCGAUUUGCAACAGCGACGAUGAUUGCCUGAGUAAUCAAAUCUGCGAAAAUAGAAUAUGCCUGAUCGGCUGCAGGAGUGACAACUCUUGUUCGAACGAGCAAUCGUGUGUCUCGGAUCGCUGCAGAAAUCCUUGCGAAGGUGGCAAAGCCUGCGGCGAAUGCGCCGGUUGUCGCGUCGUUAAUCACUCGCCGCAGUGCACUUGUCCGCCGAACUACUACGGCAAUGCUCUCAUAAGCUGUACCCGAUCCAUGACCCCGUGCAACGGUCACUGCGAGUGCGACGAAAUUGGCUUUUGCCUCCGCAGUUGUCAGAGCCAGGAACAGUGCGAAUGCGGUGAAAUUUGUAACGCCGGCAAAUGUCGCGUCAAGUGCGACGUCAACAACGGCUGUGCCAAAGGAUACACCUGCCAGGGCGGUUUGUGCCUCGUCGGAUGCAGAACUCAUUCCGACUGUCCAACCUCGCUGUCGUGCACCAACGGCAAAUGCGAAGAUCCUUGCUCGUCCAGCGGUUCACCGUGCGGCAUUAACGCGCUCUGCAGAACUUCCAACCAUCGCGCCGUCUGUCUGUGCCCCGAAGGAUACCAGGGCGAACCGAGCCAGGAAUGCUACCAACUGGAGUGCCACCACGACGAAGAUUGCGAGCCGAACAAACGGUGCAGCGAUGAGGGCGUUUGCACGAACCCUUGCCUCCAUCACGGCGCGUGCGGUCUCAACGCUCAAUGCCGCGUUGUUAACAGAAACGCGCAAUGCUCGUGCCCACCCGGGCACUACGGCAAUCCCCAGAUCAAUUGCAAACCAGGCACCGACGAGUGUCUUCGCAGACCCUGCGGCGUCAACGCCAAAUGUCGCGAAACUCCCAACGGCUCCGAGUGCAGCUGCGACCCCGGCUGCUUCGGAGAUCCUCAUCAAGUUUGUCUGUGCGACGAUCUUUGUCGCGAUACUCAAUGCGGCGAGAAUGCAGCCUGCAGGAUCUUCAACAAUCAACCGCAGUGCUAUUGCCCACCUGAUUUCCCAUCUGGCGACCCACGGGAUGCAUGCAGCACCGAUAAGAGUGCACUGGAUUGUCGAACUAUAGGAUGCGGUAAGGGUGCCGAAUGCAUACGCGACGGUACGAUUUUCGUUUGCAGAUGUGCCCCAGGAACCGCCGGUUCGCCUGACGUCGAAUGCAAAACAGAACGGGAAUGUACGAGCGAUUCGGAAUGUCCCCAGGAGAAGGCUUGCAUUAAUCUAAAGUGCCUCGAUCCCUGCGCGUUACGCGGUGCAUGCGGAAUAAAUGCACUUUGUCGGGUAGUCGUUCACAAGCCACGUUGUUCCUGCCCUCAAUGUUACGUCGGUAUGCCACAAACAGCGUGUCACGUGGAUUCGAAAUGUCAAUUGAUCCAUCCACCUCCCACGCAGCCACCGAUCGGGUGCUCCAACGAUCUUGAUUGUCCGGAAAAUCUAGCCUGCGACCGGAUAAACGGCGAUUGUCGGGACCCUUGUUUGAGCAUGAGAAAAACUUGUGAAAUAAACAAACGAUGCCAGGUUCGCGAUCACAGGCCAAUGUGCGUUUGUAAACACGGUUUUGUUGUUAACGAAAUCGGUGAAUUGACUUGCGCCCCCGAUACUCUAACGUGCUCGCGCGACGUCGAUUGCCCCUCGAACGCAGCUUGCAUUUAUGGCAAGUGUCAAAAUCCUUGCAAUUCUCACGCAACACCAACACCAUGCUCGAACGGAAAAACAUGCGAGGUAUUAGAUCAUCGUCCCGUUUGCGUAUGCCUCAAGAAUUGCAAUCCUUCCCUAUCCAUUUGCCUGCGUGACAGCGGCUGCUCACCAGAAUUCGCCUGUCGCAACUAUCUAUGCGUGGAUCCAUGCAACAAUUCGACAUGUCCGGCCGAUGCCCCGUGUUACGUCGAGGAGCACAAGCCCAUCUGCAAGUUCUGUCCCCCCGGCUUCGUGCCAGAUACUAAGUACGGAUGCAUGAAAGACGUUAAAUGCUCGAACCACGACGAUUGUCCGCCUCAGCUCUCUUGCAUUAAUCAACAGUGUCUGAAUCCAUGCACACUCGGUAAUCCGUGUGAUUACAUCGAGGACUGUCACGUUCAAGAUCACAGGCCUGUUUGCGUUCAAGUCGAUCCAGGCAGAGGAUGUCCGUAUUGUCCACCCGGAAUGCAAUGCGAUCCAGAGACCGACACUUGUGUCAAAGCGGGUUGCACUAGCGACAGAGAUUGUCCACUGACUGAGACCUGCACUGGACAAAUAUGUCAGGAGCCUUGUCUCCUGAAAAAUCCCUGCGUUCAUCAUGCUGUAUGCGUUAACACCAAUCAUGGAACGGACUGCGUCUGCGAGGAGGGUUAUCAUGGGAAUGGAUUCACACUUUGUAACCCUGUUCCCGGCAAUAAAGACGUGUGCCACUACAACGAGGAUUGUCCCCCACACAAGUUGUGUGAUCGCCUCAACAGACGCUGCAUCAAUCCGUGUCUCGAAGAUAGCUGCGGCGAUAACGCAGAAUGUUACGCAGAAGAUCAUGUCGCACGUUGUAAAUGUCUGGCCGGAUAUCAAGGCAACCCCCAGAUCCAUUGCGAACUCAAACCCGAUGGCAACGCAUGUGUACCGAAUCCUUGUGGAUCCGGUGCCACCUGCGAAAUCGAUGACGGAGCUCCCAUUUGUUUCUGCCCUAAGGGACUCACCGGUAAUCCGUUCGAGCAGUGCAUUCCAGAAGGCGAAGAAUGCCAAGGACAACCCUGCGGUGCCAACUCCGGUUGUCGAAUCGUCAAUUCUCAAGUGACGUGCUUCUGUCUGCCAGGCUACGAAGGCGAUCCACCAUCCACGCCCUGUGACCUUCCGGAAAAUCCGUGUAACGCGUCGCCUUGUGGUCCAAACACACGUUGUUCAGUUCUGCCGAAUGGACUGGCUAAGUGUACCUGUCUCCCUGGUUUCAUCGAGAGUCCAAACACUAUUAGAGGCUGCAUCGUGAACGAGGAUCCCUGUCUAGCGAAUCCUUGUGGUUUUGGAGCUAUUUGCGAUUCUUCGAGAAAUCCACCGUGCUAUUGCCCGGAUUCGACACUGGGAAAUCCAUACAAGAGCUGUGCAGUAACACCACUUUGUCGACCCGGACCGUGCGGUUCUAACGCCGAUUGUUACGUAUCAGACAACCGUGAACAGUGUUACUGCCGUUACGGUUUCGUAGGUGACCCCUACCUAGCGUGUCAUUUGCCAAGCGGAAGUCCAUGCGAGCCGAAUCCAUGCGGUAGAAACGCCAUAUGUCGUGUAAUAUCCGAUAGCCAAACGGUAUGCGAAUGUGCACCGGGGAGCGCGGGUGACCCAACGAGCUCGGCGGGUUGUGACAGACUCGAGUGUGUAGAGAACGAAGAUUGUCUGAUCUCGCAAGUCUGUAUAGGUCACAAAUGCCAGAAUCCAUGUCUAGGUGCUUGCGGAAUCGAUGCGCACUGUCGAGUAGAAAUCCAUCACCCAGUGUGUUCGUGUCCCGAAGGUUUGUUCGGAAAUCCAAUGAUAAGAUGUUCACCACCGAUGACGCCAGGACCACCGGAUACACCGUGCUGGCCAAAUCCCUGCGGUAGCAAUACAGCCUGCCAGGUGAUCGGCAAUCGUGCUGUUUGCUCUUGCCUGCCAGAUUUCCUGGGCGACCCGCAAACUGGUUGCCAUCCCGAGUGCAUUAUCAACUCGGACUGUUCUGAUGAUCAAGCAUGUGUCAACAUGAAAUGCGUUAAUCCGUGCUCGCUCACCGGCCAUUUGUGCGGUGCCAAUGCCGACUGCGAAGUAUCUCACCAUCUCGCCGAGUGCAUAUGCGCGAGAAAUUACUUCGGCAAUCCUUACAUACGUUGUAUGAAAAAACCAGGAUUCACGGAACACGGCAAUGCCAACACCACGCGUCCUUGUAACCCGUCGCCCUGUGAUCCUUACGACUCUUGCGAGCCAUACACCGACCAAGUCGCCAUGUGCGGUACCUGCGAAUUACCGGAAAAUCAAGACAGUGUCUUUUGUCGUCCGGAGUGUCUCGGUAACAGCGACUGUCCAUUCGAUCGCACUUGUAUCGGUUGGAAGUGCGCCGAUCCGUGCCUCGGUACUUGCGGAGUUAACGCCAAUUGCCACGUUAUAUGGCAUCAACCCGUGUGCACCUGUCCCCAAGGGCUGCACGGUAAUCCCUAUCAGGGUUGCAUACCCGGUGACGACAAUCAGAGAGAUGCGUGUAGCGUGACCCAGUGCGGUGCUAAUGCGGUAUGUAAAGAGAGCCGGGGUGCAACCGCGUGUCAAUGCUUGCCGGGCUACUUCGGCAACCCCGAAAUUGCUUGUCGUCUCGAAUGCGUACAAAAUUCAGACUGUCAAUUGGCUCAAGCGUGUACCAAUCACAAGUGCGUUGAUCCUUGUCUGGGCGCGUGUGGCAAUGGCGCUUCUUGCAACGUGAUCAAUCAUUAUCCAGUUUGUUUCUGCGAAGCCGAAUUAACGGGUAAUCCUUUCGUGAAUUGUUAUCCUCAUCGCGAGGGUGUUAUACCCAAACCGGAACCCAGUCCGUGCGAUCCUUCGCCAUGCGGACCUUUCAGUCGAUGCCUAGUUUCUCAACACGGUUACGCAACGUGUUCCUGCCUUCCGGACUACAGAGGCAGCCCGCCACUCUGCAAUCCCGAGUGUAUCGUGAGCUCGGAUUGUCUCCAGAUACAAGCGUGUAUCAACAACCGUUGCGUCAAUCCGUGCAAUGGAAUUUGCGGACACAACGCGCUGUGCUCGGUCAUCAACCACAAUCCGGUUUGCGAGUGUCCCGCUGGACAAGAUGGAAAUCCUUUUGUGGCUUGCGUACCUGCGAAACCCAGAGACCCAAUGGUAACAGCUUGCAACCCAUCACCAUGUGGACCGAACUCAAUAUGUCAGGUCAAAAUGGGUAGACCAGUGUGCUCUUGUCAAAGUACGUUCACUGGAAGUCCACCUAAUUGUCGUCCCGAGUGCCUCAUCAGCCAGGAAUGCCCGAUCGAUCGUGCCUGUGUUACCAACAAGUGUGUACAGCCGUGUCCACACAGCUGUGGACCGAACAGCGAAUGUGCUGUCAUCAAUCACACACCUUAUUGCUCCUGCAAACCGGGUUACGAGGGGGAUGCUUUCGUCGGUUGUGUGCCUACCAAUAAAAUAUUUGGUGAUCCUUGUACGCCUUCGCCAUGCGGAGAUAAUGCUGUUUGCAACGUCGUUGAUCAAGUGGCACGUUGCACGUGUAUACCACCCUACAUCGGCAAUCCUUACACCGGCGGUUGUAAACCUGAGUGUAUGACAAAUUCUGAUUGCCCGAAUCAUCUCGCUUGUUUGAAUCAGCACUGCCGUGAUCCUUGCCCAGGAAUUUGCGGUUUCAAUGCGGAAUGCGAAGUUUAUAAUCACUUGCCGAGCUGUUCCUGCAUUUCCGGCUACACUGGCAAUCCAUUCCAGUCGUGCAAGCAUGAAAACACGACUGGUCCAAAACAAAAUCCGUGUUCACCAUCACCUUGCGGCCCCUACAGUAUUUGUCGGGUCACCAAUCAGCGCGCAGUUUGUUCAUGCAGUCCGGGCUACCACGGUACACCGCCAUCGUGUCGACCUGAGUGCCUCGUCUCGCCAGAGUGUCCACCACAUCUCGCGUGUAUUGAACAAAAGUGUAGUGAUCCCUGCCAAGAAGUUUGCGGUUUGGAUGCUCAUUGUCAAGUUACCAACCACAAUCCGAUUUGCAGUUGUCCACCCGGUUUAACCGGCGAUCCAUUCGUUCGCUGUGACGUAAAGAAAGCAGGGCCAAAGAUCAAUCCUUGUCUUCCGUCACCUUGCGGACCCAAUUCUCAAUGUCGAGUCGAAAAAGAUCAUCCCGUAUGUUCUUGCAUCGCUGGAAUGUUUGGUGCCCCACCAAAUUGUCGUCCAGAGUGUGUCAUCGACCAAGACUGCCCGAAUCAUCUCGCUUGCGUACGCAACACGUGUCAGGAUCCUUGCGUGGGCUCUUGCGGGAUAAAUGCAAAUUGCGUCGUCAGAAAUCAUCGACCGAUCUGCCAUUGCUACGAGAACUACCAAGGAGACCCGUUCACCGCCUGCACGCCAAAAGUAAUGCAGCCGGAAGAACCACCACCUGAACCCUGUAACCCGUCACCCUGCGGUUCGAACGCCAUUUGCAACGAGAGGAACGGUGCUGGAUCUUGCACCUGUUUGCCCGAUUACACCGGUGAUCCUUACGAAGGAUGCAGGCCGGAAUGUGUCCAGAAUUCGGACUGUCCGCACUCUAAGGCGUGCACCAACAACAAGUGCAAAGAUCCUUGUAUCGGAGCAUGCGGAUUGAACGCUGAAUGCCAAGUUUACAAUCACCAACCAUCAUGCAGUUGUUCGACCGGUUACACGGGAAAUCCUUUAACGUCGUGCCACGUUCCACCACCUCCUCUACCAAAGGACGAGCCAUGUCAGCCAUCACCGUGCGGUCCCUACAGCAAUUGCCGAGAAGUCAACAAUCACGCUGUUUGCUCUUGCCAGGCUAAUUAUAUCGGUAGUCCGCCGAACUGCCGUCCCGAGUGCGUCGUUAGUGCUGAUUGCGAACAGAACAAAGCUUGCAUUAAUCAACGUUGCGAUAACCCUUGCAUCGGCACGUGCGGUAUCAAUGCCGAAUGUCAAGUUAUAAAUCACAAUCCGGUGUGCAGCUGUUCUUCGGGUUAUACGGGUGAUCCAUUCUUCGGUUGCCUUAGAGAGCCAGAUUCGGUGUCAACAACACGACCACCCGAAUACACUUGUGUGCCAUCCCCGUGUGGACCAAAUUCUCAAUGUCGUCUCAUCGACGGUUUCCCUGUGUGUUCAUGCCUGCCAAAUUAUAUCGGUAGAUCGCCAAAUUGUCGUCCGGAGUGCGUCAUAAACGAAGAGUGCCCAGGAAAUCUGGCAUGCCAAAAUGAGCAAUGUACCGACCCUUGCCCAGGCUCGUGUGGUGUCAACACUUUCUGCAACGUAGUUAAACAUAAUCCAAUAUGCACGUGUAAUCCAGGAUAUUCUGGUAAUCCGUUCAGCGAGUGUAGAAUUAUUUACGAAAAUGUUUCCACAACGGAGCAACCACCAACGCCUUGCAAUCCGUCUCCGUGCGGUGCGAAUGCCAUUUGCAAUGAGAGAAACGGCGCUGGUUCCUGCACGUGCGCUCCCGAAUACUUUGGAGAUCCUUACACUGGAUGCCGUCCUGAGUGCGUCACCAACGCCGAUUGUGGACGCAGCAGAGCUUGCUUGAAUAACAAGUGCAUCAAUCCUUGUGAGGGUACCUGUGGCCAAGGUGCGACGUGCAGGGUUGUAAAUCAUGCCCCCUCGUGUAACUGUUUGCCAGGAUAUACUGGGAAUCCUCAGACCCUUUGUGAACCGAUCGUUAUUUCUACGACUCCAACGCCCGUCAUCGAGCCCUGCGAACCAUCGCCAUGCGGCGCAAACAGUAAUUGUCGUAAACUCAAUGGCCAUGCAGUUUGUUCGUGCAAAACAGACUUCAUAGGUAGCCCACCGAACUGCCGACCGGAAUGUGCUAUAAGUACCGAAUGCCCGAGGAGCAAAUCGUGCGUAGAUUUCAAGUGCAUCGAUCCCUGUCCCUCAGCGUGCGGACUGAACACAAAAUGUCAGGUUGUUAACCACAGUCCAAUAUGUACUUGUGCUACCGGCUAUUCGGGAAAUCCCUUCGUAGCCUGUGACAGAGUUGAUCCGGAAGGUUCCGGCAAGGUCAAUGGCCGACCGCCUUGUGAUCCAAAUCCGUGCGGACCUAACUCGCAAUGCAAAGAAAUCGAGACGCAGGCUGCUUGCUCGUGUGCCCCCAAUUACAUCGGACGACCACCGAACUGCAGGCCGGAGUGCAGAGAUAAUUCCGAGUGUCCAACUAACGCUGCGUGCAUAAAUGAAAGGUGUAAAGAUCCUUGUCCAGGUGCCUGCGGUCAAUUGGCUCGUUGUUCGGUCCUCAACCAUUCGCCUGUGUGCAGUUGUAGCGAGGGCUACACAGGCGAUCCGUCACAAGGUUGUGUUCUGAACGAACCCGUGACUGAGUCGACUCCACCACCGAAUCCCUGCGUACCAAAUCCAUGCGGUCCUAGAGCUCAGUGCCGUGAGAGAAACCGAGCGGGAGCUUGCUUCUGUCCACCGGAUUACAUCGGUGACCCCUACGAUAGCUCGAGAGGUUGUUAUCGCGAAUGUGAGCAGAAUACCGACUGCCCGGCUCACCUUUCCUGCCUUGGCUACAAAUGCACCGACCCCUGUCAAGGCAUCUGCGGCACGCUCUCGAUAUGCAACGUUGAAAAUCACGUUCCAAGAUGCACUUGUCCACCUGGUUAUACAGGAGACCCAUUCUUCGCUUGUGAAUUACGCAAAAUCGUAAUCGGCACUGGGGAUCCGUGCUUGCCAACGCCGUGUGGACCAAAUAGCAAAUGUAGGGCGGUCAAUGACCAAGCAGUUUGUACGUGUAUGCCAGAUUUCAUCGGUUCGCCACCCAACUGUAGGCCCGAAUGUAUCGUCAAUGGCGAGUGUCCGACUCAUCUUGCUUGUAUCAUGAGAAAAUGUGCUGAUCCGUGCCCCAAUACCUGCGGUAUAAAAGCUCUGUGUGCGGUGAAAAAUCAUAAUCCAAUUUGCACCUGCCCAUCCGGAUUUACAGGUGAUCCUUUCACAUACUGUACUCCAAAGUUGGACGAACCAUCAACACCGCGACCACUGUCAUGCAACCCUUCGCCGUGUGGACCCAAUUCUCUCUGUCAGAUGGUCUACGAAACACCAGCUUGCUCUUGUCUCCCAGAUUAUGUAGGUUCGCCACCGGACUGCCGUCCCGAAUGUGUGCUCAGCUCUGAGUGCAAAUCACAUCUCGCCUGUGUUAACUUAAAGUGUCAAGAUCCGUGUGUUGGCUCGUGCGGUUUCAACGCUCAGUGCCAUGUUUUGAACCACAUACCAGUGUGUACUUGCAUAGAAGAGCAUACGGGAGACCCAUUCACUCAAUGCAUACGGAUAACGGUAACAACCGAAGAAAGUCGUACGGAUCUGUGCAACCCAUCACCUUGCGGCUCCAAUACAAUCUGCAGAGACGGUGAAUGUGAGUGCAUGCCAGAAUUCAUUGGCAAUCCAUGGGAAGGUUGUCGUCCCGAGUGUGUACUUAACACGGAAUGUCCCCGCGACCUUGCGUGUAAGAGGAACAAAUGCCGUAAUCCUUGUCCAGGCGUUUGUGGACUGAACGCACAGUGCGACGUGGUCAAUCACAUACCUGUUUGCUCCUGUAUCACUGGCUACGUCGGUGAUCCAUUCGUAACUUGUCGACCGGAAGAACCGACCACCAGCAGACCCAUGGAUCCUUGCAGCUCAUCGCCUUGCGGACCGAAUAGUCAUUGCCGAAACGUCAACGAUCGUGCAGUGUGCACGUGCUACCAAGGCUAUCUCGGUAGCCCUCCGACAUGUCGUCCGGAGUGCAUCGUCAGCUCAGAAUGUUCGCCAACUCGCGCGUGCGUCAAUAAAAAAUGCACUGAUCCGUGUCUCGGUUCGUGUGGUCUUGGGGCACGCUGCGAAGUAAUAAAUCAUUCCCCCAUAUGCAGCUGUCCGCCUGGACAGACUGGUGAUCCAUUCAAGAGUUGCUACGAAGAUAUUAAAGUGAUUGGCGGAAAGGGACCAGAGCUUGAUCCCUGCUCGCCAUCACCUUGUGGGCCCAAUUCUGAAUGCACAGUGUUAAACGAAGGACCAUCGUGUGCGUGUCGUGCCAAUUACGUUGGCACACCACCGGCAUGCCGACCCGAAUGCGUCAUCAAUCCUGACUGUCCGCCAAACAUGGCUUGCGUUAAUUCGCGAUGCAUCGACCCUUGUCCCGGCUCGUGCGGCGACCAUGCCGAAUGUCACGUUAUAAACCACGCGGUAACUUGCACUUGUGGGACAGGCUACACUGGCAAUCCAUUCGUUCAGUGUGUCUACGCGAUAGAAAAUAUCAAUCCAUGCGACCCGUCACCAUGCGGUGCCAACGCUGUAUGUCAACAACGCAAUAACGCCGGAGCUUGUGUGUGUAUAGACGAUUAUCAAGGCAACCCUUACGAAGGCUGCCAACCGGAGUGCAUACUUAGUUCUGACUGUCAAACCGACAAGGCAUGCUUACGGAACAAAUGCGAAGAUCCUUGUCCAGGCAUUUGCGGUAUUCAGGCACAAUGUUCGGUCGUUAAUCACAUUCCAACAUGCACAUGUUUACCCGAUCAUGUGGGCGAUCCAUUUACUUCGUGCGUGAAAGAAGUUACCACACUCAGACCGGCCCCAGAGCCUUGUUCACCAUCGCCGUGUGGUCCAAACAGUCUUUGUCGCGUCGUGAAUGGAAACGCUGUUUGUACCUGUCAAGAAACAUACAUAGGUUCGCCGCCCAAUUGUCGACCAGAGUGCGUCGUGAAUAACGAAUGUGCGCAAAACCGCGCCUGUCAUAAAUACAAAUGUACGGACCCUUGCCCUGGUACUUGUGGAACUGGCGCCGAAUGUCGUGUCAUCAACCACAAUCCACGAUGCAGUUGCCCACAAGGUACAACCGGCGAACCUUUCCUAAGGUGCUUCGAAGUUGAAGACGACAACAGAUAUCUGCCACCCGACCCAUGUCAACCUAACCCAUGUGGCCUGUACUCGGAGUGCCGGCGAAACGGGGAUCAAGCUGCUUGCUCUUGUCUCAACAAUUACAUCGGAUCCCCACCGAAUUGUCGUCCCGAGUGCCUCGUCAAUACCGAUUGCCCGUCGAACCAAGCUUGCAUAUCUGAAAAGUGUCGCGAUCCAUGCGAAGGCUCUUGCGGCCAGGAUGCUGAUUGUCGAGUUCAAAAUCACAUAACCACAUGCCUUUGUCGACAAGGUUUCACCGGGGACGCUUUCACUGUCUGUACUAUGAUACCGCCGACUCCUCCACCACCUGGAGAUCCUUGUGAUCUGUCGCCGUGCGGAUCUAACGCGAUUUGCGAUAACGGAGACUGUUCAUGUUUGCCAAAUCACUUCGGAGAUCCAUACACCUACUGCAGACCCGAGUGCACCAUGAACUCGGAUUGCUCAAGGACAAGAGCCUGCAUAAACCAACGUUGCGUUGAUCCUUGUCCCGGUAUAUGCGGCACAGGAGCGCAAUGCGAUGUCGUUAAUCACGUACCGAUGUGCAGCUGUAAUCCAGGAACUUCCGGAAAUCCUUUCUCCUCUUGCAAGCCGAUAGUCAAGGAACCACCGCGUGGAACGUGCUCCCCAUCGCCAUGCGGUCCCAACAGUAUUUGUCGAAUUGUCGACAACCACCCUGUGUGUUCGUGUCAACCAAACUUUUCGGGCAGCCCACCAGCCUGCAGACCGGAGUGUGUUAUCAGCUCCGAAUGCUCGCUAACUCAGACUUGUUGGGAAAACAAAUGCCAAGAUCCUUGCCCAGGCUCAUGCGGACAAAAUGCUGUAUGCCAAGUCAUUAAUCAUAAUCCCAUAUGCAGUUGCAUGGAGGGCUACAGUGGGGAUCCGUUCUCCCGAUGUUACGAGCGACCACGCGAGCCACCAGUGGAAAUAAAUCCAUGCCAACCUUCACCCUGUGGGCCGAAUGCCGAGUGCCGCGUUAUCGGUAACAGUUCCGCGUGUUCGUGUUCGCAAAAUUAUAUCGGUUUCCCGCCAAAUUGUCGACCCGAAUGUACGAUUAAUCCGGAGUGCGCGCCUCAGUUAGCUUGCAUACAACAAAAAUGUCGAGAUCCCUGCGUUGGUCUUUGCGCCGCGAGUGCACAAUGUUCAGUGAUAAAUCAUCACGCCGUCUGUUCCUGUCCAGAGGGAUAUACCGGAGAUGCGUACAGCAACUGCAUUCCAACUGUGAAGGAGCCCAAUGAGAAGCUGAACCCGUGUACACCUUCCCCGUGCGGUCGCAAUGCGAUCUGCCAAGAACAGAAUGGCGCGGGUGCCUGUACGUGCCUGCCCGAUUACAUUGGUGAUCCAUACGAUGGAUGUCGUCCCGAAUGUACCCUCAAUUCGGAUUGUCUCACAAGCCUCGCCUGUGUGCGUUCCAAAUGCCAGAAUCCGUGCCCCGGUACAUGCGGCCAAAAUGCCGAAUGUCAAGUGAUAAACCAUCUUCCGAGUUGCUCCUGUCUACCGGGAUACACCGGAAACCCUUUCCAAUUCUGCCGGCCCGAACUCAAACUCCCACCCCCAGACGACCCACGACAAGACCCCUGCAGACCAUCGCCCUGCGGUCCGUACAGCCAAUGCCGAAAUGUUAAUGAUCAAGCUGUAUGCUCCUGUUUGCCCGAGUAUCAAGGCCAGCCACCCUCCUGUCGACCGGAAUGUGUUGUCAGUAAUCAGUGUCCUACGAACCAGGCCUGCGUUAACCAAAAAUGCAGGGACUCGUGUCCUGGCCCUUGUGGCAUAAACACUAUAUGUCGUGCGAUCAAUCACAGCCCCAUUUGCGCAUGCAAAGAUGAUUAUACCGGUGAUCCCUUCACGAGAUGUUUCCGCAACCCAAAACCGCCUCUCAACGAUCCUAUACGACCGAACCCUUGCUCCCCUUCGCCCUGUGGCGUGUACGCCGAAUGUCGUGACAUAGGGGGUAAUCCUUCGUGCUCGUGUCUUCCCAAUUAUCGUGGUAGCCCGCCAAAUUGCAGGCCGGAAUGUACUGUUAAUCCUGAUUGCUCGAGCAACCAAGCGUGCAUGUUACAAAAAUGCGCGGAUCCUUGUCCAGGAUCGUGUGGAAUUAGUGCACUUUGUACAGUCGUAAAUCACACUCCAGUGUGCAACUGCCCCGAAGGAUACACCGGAGAUCCAUUCACGAGUUGCCAGCCUCGACCACCGCAAUUGCCCCCACCUCCAACCGACCCUUGUAACCCCACACCCUGCGGAUCGAAUACGCGAUGCAAUAACGGAAUUUGCACUUGCAUCGAGGGAUAUCGAGGAGAUCCUUAUGGGGGUUGUCGUCCAGAGUGCGUAAUGAACACAGAUUGUCCACAGGACCGUGCUUGCAUACGCCAAAAAUGUCAGGAUCCUUGCCCCGGCACUUGUGGCCGCGACGCCGUUUGCAAUGUUUACAACCAUAUCCCAAUGUGCAGUUGUCCCGCUGGAAUGACGGGCAAUGCCUUUCUCGCUUGUUCACUGGCAAAAGAUACACCACGACGAAACCCAUGCAACCCAUCACCUUGCGGACCAAACAGCCAAUGCCGUACUGUCAAUGAACAACCAGUAUGCACUUGCAUCCAAGGAUAUCUAGGAACACCACCCUCGUGCAGACCCGAGUGUACCGUUAGUUCGGACUGCCCAAGUAAUCAGGCCUGUAGCAACCAAAAAUGUCAGGAUCCUUGUCCAGGAAGUUGUGGAAUUAGAGCACAAUGCCAGGUUAUCAACCACAACCCGAUCUGCAGCUGUCCGGAAGGUUUCGAAGGGGAUCCCUUCGUCAGAUGCGUCGUUGUCUCAAACGAGCCAACUCCUGAUCCAAUCGACCCUUGCCAACCAUCCCCUUGUGGUCCAAAUGCCCAAUGUCAGGUAGUGAACAAUUUACCAUCAUGCUCGUGUCUUCCGGAAUUCAUCGGUAGCCCUCCGAACUGUCGUCCAGAGUGUAUUAGUAAUAGUGAGUGCCCAAGCGACCGUGCAUGCUUGAAUCGCAAGUGUGUCGAUCCCUGUUCCGGCUCUUGCGCCAUCAACGCCGAAUGUCGUGUUGUCAGUCACACUCCAAUGUGCGUCUGCAUGAGCGGCUACGAAGGAGAUCCAUUUACACAGUGUAACUUCAGGCAACCCAAUGAACAUCUCACGCCGUGCAUGCCAUCACCUUGCGGCUUCAACGCAGUCUGCCGGGAACAAAAUGGCGUUGGAUCUUGUACUUGCGCUCCCGAGUAUAUCGGAAAUCCUUACGAAGGAUGCAGACCCGAAUGUGUAUUGAGCUCAGAUUGUCCCUCCCAUCUCGAUUGUAUUCGUUCCAAAUGUCAGGACCCUUGUCCUGGCACUUGUGGACAAAAUGCUAAUUGUGGAGUCAUCAAUCAUCGACCAACGUGUACUUGUCUUCAAGGUUACACUGGCGAUCCAUUCCGUCAUUGCCGUAUCAUUUCAGAUGAUACAGGAAUUGUGCGGGAGGAACCCUGCAGACCGUCACCAUGCGGUCCAAACAGUCAGUGCCGCGUGGUCAACAAUCAGGCCGUUUGCUCUUGUAGCCCAGAAUACAUUGGAAGUCCACCUGCAUGUCGUCCCGAGUGUGUUCUCAGUUCCGAGUGCCCUGCCGAUCGCGCAUGCAUCAACCAAAAGUGCGUGAAUCCGUGUCCAAACCCGUGCGGCACCAACACCAAUUGCGUCGUUCUUAAUCACAGUCCGAUUUGCGCUUGCAAACCCCAGUACACCGGAAAUCCUUUCACCAGAUGUUUCUCCAUGCCAAGUGUAUCGAGCGAUCCGAUUGUCCCUCAAAAUCCUUGCUUCCCUUCACCUUGCGGCAAUAACGCGGAAUGCCGACAAGUUGGCGAGACUGCUUCGUGCUCGUGUUUGCCUAAUUAUCUUGGUAGCCCACCAAAUUGUCGGUCCGAGUGCACUAUCAAUCAGGAGUGUCCCAGCAACAAAGCCUGCAUUCAACAAAAAUGUCGUGACCCGUGCCUAGGCUCUUGCGGCAUUUCAGCACGCUGUGAAGUCAUUAAUCACGUGCCAAUUUGUACUUGUUUCAAUGACUACACCGGCGAUCCAUUUACGAAUUGCUUCCCGCUACCACCAGUCACAGUGCCACCACCAACAGAUCUGUGCAACCCUUCGCCAUGCGGACCAAACGCAGAAUGUAACGAAGGCGUAUGCACGUGCAUUCAGGAAUAUCGUGGUGAUCCGUACAGUGGCUGUCGUCCGGAAUGUGUGCUUAAUAAUGAUUGCCCUCAAGAUCGCGCGUGCUCUCGUAACAAAUGCGUCGACCCUUGUAUCGGUACUUGUGGACAAUUGGCCAUAUGCAAUGUCUUCAAUCACGUACCGAUGUGCAGUUGUCCGAAAGGAAUGAUUGGCAAUGCGUUCGUUGUUUGCACUCCACAGAAAGAUCCCGUCGCACCGAAUCCUUGCAAUCCAAGCCCCUGCGGUCCGAAUAGUCGUUGCCGUGAGAUAAACGGUCACAGUGUAUGUUCCUGCGUCGAAGGCUACAUCGGUUCGCCCCCAACCUGUCGCCCUGAAUGCACUGUUAGUUCCGAUUGUACUCGAAACGAAGCAUGCUCGAAUCAGAAAUGCAUCGACCCUUGCAUCGGCGCUUGCGGGCUGAAUGCCAACUGCCAAGUCAUCAAUCACAAUCCAAUCUGUAGUUGUCCGGCGGACCUUUCAGGUGAUCCGUUCUCCCGAUGUGAACCAAAAUCAAAUGAUCCUGCGAUCUUCGUCAAUCCUUGUCAACCUUCGCCUUGCGGACCUUACGCCCAGUGCCAAGUAGUCAACAACAUUCCUUCUUGUUCUUGUAACCCGGAAUAUGUUGGUUCACCACCCAAUUGCAGACCCGAAUGUACCAGCAACUCCGAAUGUUCAAGUAAUCAAGCCUGCGUUAACCUCAAGUGUGCAGAUCCUUGUAUCGGCGCAUGCGGUUCAAACACGGAAUGCCGCGUGGUCAGCCACACUCCAAUGUGCGUCUGUCUACAGAAUUACGGCGGUGAUCCUUUCACAGGAUGUUCCUUCGUUCAAAACCAACCGAUAGAGCCUCCAAGACCUUGUGUUCCUACGCCCUGCGGUCCGAACGCAGUCUGCCGUGAGCAGAACGGCGUUGGAUCGUGCACCUGUUUGACCGACUACGUUGGAAAUCCUUACGAGGGUUGUAGGCCGGAGUGCGUCGUAAAUUCGGAUUGUGCGUCGAACUUGGCCUGUAUCAACUCCAAAUGUCAGGAUCCUUGUCCCGGUGCGUGUGGACCAAACGCUGAGUGCCAAGUCAUCAACAAUCGACCUUCUUGCAGCUGUCGCGUCGGUUACAGCGGUGAUCCCUUCCGCUACUGUAACCUCACUCCACUCUUUGGUGAACCGAACGUCGCGAAUGAUCCUUGCGAUCCAUCGCCCUGCGGACCUAACAGUCAAUGUCGAGUGAACGAAAAACAGGCUGUUUGCUCUUGCCGGACCGGAUACAUCGGAAGUCCACCAAAUUGUCGUCCUGAGUGUGUUACCAGUUCCGAAUGCCCCGCCAAUCGUGCUUGUGUCAAUCAAAAGUGCCAAGAUCCUUGUCCCUCAAGUUGUGGCAUUAAUGCCAAUUGCAGAGUCGUCAAUCACAGCCCUAUUUGUACCUGCAGAAAUACUUAUACCGGUGAUCCGUUCACGCGUUGUUUCUACGUGGAAGCCGUUCCAACACCUGCACCACCAUUACCCCGUGAUCCUUGCAGCCCCUCUCCGUGUGGCGCAAAUUCUCUAUGCCGUCCGAUCGGCGGUUCCCCAUCGUGUACUUGUGCACCUAAUUAUUUCGGUAGCCCACCAAACUGUCGUCCCGAGUGUACCAUCAAUGCCGAGUGCCCGAUAAACCGUGCCUGCAUGCGGGAACGCUGUGCCGAUCCGUGUCCAGGAUCUUGCGGUUUCGAGGCACUUUGCUCGGUUGUCAAUCACACCCCAGUCUGUACUUGUCCCGAAGGUUAUACCGGUAAUCCGUUCGAGCAGUGUAUCAGGAAACCAGUUGAUUCUGAGCCAACCGAGAAGGAUCCAUGCGCAAGAUCGCCUUGCGGUGCUAACGCUCGUUGCGACGACGGUGCUUGCACUUGUUUGCCUGAGUACUUUGGUGACCCCUACUCCGGUUGUCGUCCUGAAUGCGUUAUCAAUAACGACUGUGCGCGUGAUCUGGCGUGCAUACGGAACAAGUGCACAGACCCGUGUCCUGGUACUUGUGGCAGUAACGCGUUGUGCAAUGUUAUCAAUCAUAUUCCAAUGUGUAGCUGUCCACCGGGCAACGAAGGAAACGCUUUCGUUUUCUGCGCACCAUCAAGAGCACCCGCAGUCACGACUCCGUGUGACCCAUCGCCUUGUGGACCGAACAGUCAGUGCCGAGACAACAACGGGAUCGCUGUGUGCACUUGCGUCGCCGGAUACCUUGGAAGUCCACCUUUGUGUCGGCCCGAGUGCGUCGUUAGUUCGGAUUGUUCGCCUAGUCAAGCGUGCAGCAAUCAAAAGUGUACGGAUCCGUGUGCUGGAACUUGCGGAAUUCGUGCUCGCUGCCAAGUCAUUAAUCACAGUCCAGUGUGCAGCUGUCCCGAUCGUUUCUCUGGCGAUCCGUUCGUCCUCUGUACUCCAAUCCCGGACGACCCACCGCGACCGAUAAACCCUUGCCAACCAUCGCCCUGUGGACCGAAUGCCCAAUGCCAAGUAGCCGGUGAGUCACCAUCCUGCUCUUGCCUACCGGAAUUCAUCGGUGCACCACCAAACUGCAGACCCGAAUGUGUCAGCAACUCCGAAUGCUCGGCUCAUCUGGCGUGCAUCAAUCAAAAGUGCCAGGAUCCAUGUCCGGGGUCUUGCGGUGCAAACGCCGAAUGUCGUGUCGUCAGCCAUACCCCGAUGUGUUACUGCUCAACGGGCUACACCGGAAAUGCAUUUGUGCAGUGCGUCUUUGCUCGACCCAACGAUCCAGGACCGGAGAAGGUUUCACCGUGUUUACCGAGUCCCUGCGGCUCGAACGCCGUUUGUAACGAGCGCAACAACGCUGGCUCUUGUUCCUGCAUCGAGGGUUACUUCGGCAAUCCUUACGAGGGUUGUCGACCCGAGUGCACCCUCAAUUCCGAUUGCGCGUCAAACCGUGCAUGCGUAAACUCCAGAUGUAUUGACCCUUGCCCGGGAACUUGCGGAACCAAUGCCGAGUGUCAAGUGAUCAAUCAUUUGGCAACGUGCAACUGUCUUCCCACGUAUUCCGGAGAUCCUUAUCGUUACUGCGCCUUCAGGGAGCCUAGUUUGAACGACCCGGAGCCUAAAGAGCCUUGUGCCCAAACGCCUUGUGGACCCAACAGUCAAUGCAGAGCAAUAAACGGUGUGGCUGUUUGUUCCUGCCUGCCAACAUACGUCGGCAGCCCUCCGGCGUGUCGUCCCGAAUGUGUCUCCAGUUCGGAAUGUCCUUCGGACCAAGCAUGCGUGGCUCAGAAGUGUGUCAAUCCUUGUCCAACUUCGUGUGGCCUGAAUGCCGAUUGUCGGGUGAUCAAUCACUCACCAGUUUGUAGUUGUUCGAGAGGAUUUACAGGCGACCCGUUCACCAGGUGUUUCAGCAUGCCAACUCCUGUACCGGGUACAGUGAAUAUACUUCGUGAUCCGUGCAUACCAUCGCCCUGUGGAGCCAAUUCCGAAUGCAGUAACAUUCAGGGUGUAUCCUCGUGUGCCUGCCUCGCUAAUUACGUCGGUAGCCCGCCGAAUUGUCGUCCAGAGUGCACAAUCAAUUCCGAGUGCGCAAGUAACCUCGCGUGCAUGCGUGAAAAGUGUCGCGAUCCUUGUCCAGGCUCUUGUGGAUUUUCGGCAAGAUGCGAAGUCGUCAACCAUACGCCGAUCUGCACCUGUCCCGAUGGCUACACUGGAAAUCCCUUCGACAAUUGUUACCCGAAACCUCAACCUCCGAAUGAUCCUGAACCGGAUCCCUGCGCCCUUGCGCCUUGUGGAGCUAACGCGGACUGUCGUGAAGGCAUUUGUACCUGUCGCCCCGAGUAUCAGGGCGAUCCGUACGUCGGAUGCCGUCCCGAGUGCGUCAUCAACAAUGAUUGUCCGCCCAAUCGUGCCUGCUAUCAGAACAAAUGCCGAGAUCCAUGCCCCGGUACUUGUGGACAAAAUGCUCUGUGCGAUGUUUACAAUCACAUUCCGAUGUGCAGCUGCCCGCCGAGUAUGAGCGGAAACGCUUUCGUAUUUUGUUCACCUCUUCAAGAUUCCCCUGAGCAAGAUCCUUGCAAUCCAUCUCCUUGCGGACCCAACAGUCAAUGCCGUAAAAAUAACGGAGUCGCCACUUGUUCGUGCAUCAGCGGCUUCGUCGGCUCGCCACCUAGUUGUCGGCCCGAAUGCGUCGUCAGUUCAGAUUGCGCGCCUAAUGAAGCCUGCAACAAUCAGAAGUGCGUCGAUCCUUGUCUCGGAAAGUGCGGUAUCGCCUCACAGUGUCGAGUCAUCAGUCACAAAGCAAUUUGUAGUUGUCCUCAACGAAUGACCGGAGAUCCUUUCACCUUCUGCACACCGAUUCCCGAAACACCUCCGGCCCCGGUGAACCCUUGUCAACCAUCGCCCUGUGGAGCCAACGCACAAUGUCGCAACGUGAACGAUUCACCCUCGUGUUCCUGUUUACCUGAGUUCAUCGGAGCGCCGCCCAACUGUCGUCCCGAAUGCACCAGCAACGAUGACUGUUCGUCGCGCCUCGCUUGUAUACGACAAAAGUGCCAAGAUCCUUGCGCCAAUGCUUGCGGUGAAAAUACUCAAUGCCACGUCGUCAGCCAUACGGCAAUGUGUCUCUGCAACUCCGGAUACAUCGGAGAUCCCUUCACCGGAUGUCAAGUUCAACGAUUCGAUCCCAAACCUACGGUCGUCGAUCCUUGCACACCAUCACCUUGUGGCCCCAACUCAGUUUGUCGAGUGCAGAAUAACGCGGGCUCGUGCGCCUGUACCCAAGGCUACAUCGGCAAUCCUUACGAAGGUUGUAGGCCAGAAUGUGUCCUCAAUUCCGAUUGUUCGGCGAAUCUUGCCUGUAUUAACGCCAAGUGCCGAGAUCCUUGUCCUGGAGCUUGCGGCCAAAAUACCGAGUGCCGUGUCAUCAAUCACCAGCCCACUUGUACCUGUUUCGAAAGAUACUCCGGCGACCCGUUCCGUUUCUGCAAUCCUUUGAGGGAACCAGAUCCAGAAAUCAUCGAUCCCUGCAGAUCUUCACCUUGCGGACCCUACAGCCAAUGCAGAACAUCCAACGGCCAAGCUGUCUGCUCCUGCAUGCCUGACUACCAAGGAAGCCCUCCGGGGUGCCGACCGGAAUGCGUCACGAGUUCUGAUUGUCCAACGACUCUGGCCUGCGUCAAUCAAAAAUGUGUCGAUCCCUGUCCACGGCUCUGCGGUCUUCAAGCUGACUGUCGAGUCAUCAAUCACAGUCCAAUCUGCAGUUGUAAACCUGGACUUACCGGGGAUCCGUUCACUCGUUGUUUCCAAGUACCGCUACCACCGACGACUCCAUUGAUAAAUCCAUGUGCCUCUUCACCGUGCGGUCCAAACGCCGAGUGUCGUGACGUAAACGGAAGCCCGGCGUGUUCUUGUUCUCCCGGUUACCAGGGAAGUCCGCCCAACUGUCGUCCCGAGUGUCUCAUUAAUUCCGAGUGCCCGAGCAACAGUGCCUGCAUCCGUGAAAAGUGUCGCGAUCCUUGUCCCGGUUCUUGUGGUUUAAAUGCUAUUUGUACCGUUUACAAUCAUGUGCCAGUGUGUUCGUGUCUUGAAAGUUAUACCGGCGAUCCGUUUACCUCGUGCGAAUACAGGCCAGCAACCGAACCGACCGUACCCGAAGACCCUUGCAGCUCUUCACCAUGCGGACCAAACGCCAGAUGCGAUAACGGAAUCUGCUCCUGCAAUCCGGAAUACUUCGGCGAUCCUUAUUCCGGAUGCCGUCCGGAAUGUGUCAUCAACAACGAAUGCUCGAGCGACAAAGCUUGCGUUCGUAACAAAUGCGUCGACCCCUGCCCCGGCACAUGCGGUGAUAACGCUCAGUGCAACGUUUUCAAUCACGUGCCCAUGUGCACUUGUUUACCUGGCAUGGCUGGCAACGCUCUGUUCUCGUGUCAGCCCGUCCGAGGCGAACCGCAAACCAGACCCUGCACCCCAUCGCCCUGUGGACCGAACAGUGUCUGUCGCGAGGUCAACGGCCAAGCCGUCUGCACCUGCGCUCCUCAAUAUCUCGGAACUCCACCUUCGUGCAGACCCGAGUGUCUCGUGAGCUCUGAUUGCCCCAGCAACGAAGCCUGCGUAAAUCAACGUUGCAGAAAUCCUUGCCUUGGCACUUGUGGCCUCAGAGCCUUGUGCCAAGUCGUCAACCAUAGCCCAAUAUGCUCCUGUCCUGCUCGGUUUACUGGAAGCCCAUUCGCAGCUUGCAGCCCGAUGCCGGACGAUCCACCAGAGCCAGUGAAUCCCUGUCAACCCUCACCCUGUGGCCCGUAUGCCCAAUGUGAGGUAAGGAACAAGGCACCUUCGUGUUCGUGUCUCCCCGAAUACGUAGGAAUACCACCGAAUUGUCGUCCUGAGUGCGUCUCCAAUUCCGAAUGCCCUACCCAUCAGGCGUGUGUCAAUGAAAAAUGUAGGGAUCCGUGCGUCAAUUCGUGCGGAUCUAAUACCAAUUGUCGUGUCAUCAGCCACACACCGAUUUGCAUGUGUAUCGAUUCUUACACCGGUGAUCCAUUCACACAAUGUCUUCCGAUGCCAUUCGCUCCCGGACCAGGAGUGCCCAUUUCGCCCUGCGACCCUACGCCCUGCGGCUCUAACGCCCAAUGCAAAGAGUCCAACGGAGCUGGCUCCUGCACAUGUCUCGCCGACUACAUCGGCAAUCCUUACGAAGGUUGCAGACCGGAGUGCGUCAUUAAUUCGGAUUGCCCGUCCCACCUCACUUGCCUCAGGUCAAAAUGUCGUGACCCUUGUCCGGGCGCCUGUGCCGCCAAUGCCGAAUGCGUUGCUAUCAAUCACGCACCCUCCUGUACUUGCAUCGCUGGCUACACCGGUGACCCCUUCACCUCGUGUAAUCUACCGCGCCCACCAACCAACCCGAGUGAUGACGAGAAUCCCUGUGUCCCAUCACCCUGCGGACCCAAUAGCGAGUGCCGAAACGUAAACGGACAAGGCGUCUGUACCUGUCUUCCAAAUUAUAUUGGCAGUCCACCCGGAUGUCGACCCGAAUGCGUCUCCAGUGCCGAAUGCCCUGCGCACCUCGCCUGUGACAAUCAGAAGUGCGUUAAUCCGUGCCCGACGCCUUGCGGCCUUAAUACCGAAUGUACGGUCAUCAAUCACAGCCCCAUUUGCUCGUGUAUGUCCGGUUACAGCGGGGAUCCGUUCACGAGAUGCGCUCCAAUUCCACCCCGUAUACCCAACGAGCCUAUCGAUAAGGACCCCUGCGCACCCUCGCCCUGCGGUAGUUUCUCCUACUGUAGAAACAUAAACGGUUCACCAGCUUGCACAUGUCGCGAAGGAUAUUUAGGCCAACCACCGAACUGUCGUCCCGAGUGUACCAUCAAUUCCGAAUGUCCAAGCAACGAGGCUUGCAUCAGAGAAAAGUGUCGGGAUCCAUGCCUCGGUUCUUGCGGUGCUGAGAGUCGCUGCUCAGUCGUCAAUCACAUUCCCAUAUGCGCCUGUCCCGACGGAUACGAGGGCAACCCGUUCCAGUAUUGUUCGCCCAUAAUACGUCCGGAACCACCGAAAGACAAAUGCAACCCCUCACCUUGCGGUUCCAACGCCAUUUGCGACGACGGAAAGUGCACUUGCAUGCAAGAAUUUCAGGGUGACCCUUACGCCGGAUGCCGACCAGAAUGCGUUCUCAACACCGACUGUCCCAGAGACCGAGCUUGCCUUAGAAACAAAUGCGCGGAUCCUUGCCCAGGCGCAUGUGCGAUCAAUGCCCAAUGUGCUGUCAUUAAUCACGUCCCAAUGUGCAGUUGCCCUGCCGGCAUGACCGGAAACGCUUUCAGUCUCUGCUCGCCCCUCAAAGACGUCCGACCACCGGAGAAUCCUUGCAACCCGUCGCCCUGCGGUCCGAACAGCGAGUGCCGUGCGGUCAACGGCCAAGGAGUUUGCUCGUGUAUCCGCGGUUAUUUGGGAAGUCCACCGAGCUGUAGACCCGAGUGUAUCGUCAGUACGGACUGUUCCCAGAACGAGGCUUGUAGCAAUCAAAAAUGCAUCGAUCCGUGUCCGGGGUCAUGCGGCAUGAGAGCCCAGUGCGUUGUCGUUGGUCACAGUCCCAUUUGCAGUUGUCCCAACGGAUACGAGGGCGAUCCGUUUGUUCGAUGCCUCCCGAAAAUGGAGCCAAGACCACCGAUAAAUCCUUGCGAGCCAUCGCCCUGCGGUCCGAACUCGCAGUGCCUCGUCAAUAACGACGCGCCGUCCUGCUCUUGUCUCCCCGAAUUCACCGGCUCACCGCCCUACUGCCGUCCCGAGUGCGUCAGCAAUAGCGAUUGUCCCAGUCAACAGGCCUGCAUUAAUCAAAAGUGCCAAAAUCCGUGUACGAACGCCUGCGGCGUCAAUGCCGACUGUCAUGUUGUCAGUCACACUCCGAUGUGUACCUGCAUGAACGGCUACACCGGGGAUCCGUUCUCCGGCUGUACUUUCCGUGAAUUCGAUCCGAUACUUCCGAGGCCAGAAACGACCCCCUGUUCGCCAUCGCCCUGUGGCCCGAACGCCAUUUGCAAAGAACAAAACAACGUUGGUUCCUGCGCCUGCAAUCCCGAUCACGUUGGAAACCCGUACGAAGGCUGUCGUCCCGAGUGCCUCAUCAACUCCGACUGUCCGUCGGCCCAGGCUUGCAUUAAUUCCAAGUGCAAAGAUCCCUGCCCCGGUACUUGUGGCCUCAACGCCGAGUGCCACGUCCGCAAUCACCUCGCGAUGUGCAAUUGUUAUCCUGGUUAUACGGGCGAUCCGUUCACCUACUGCAGCGUGUUCAGACCUGAAGAGAAACCAGGAGAGCGCGAUCCUUGCUCCCCGUCGCCCUGUGGACCCAAUAGCCAGUGUAGAGUCGUUAACAACCAAGGAGUUUGCACCUGCCUGCCCGACUUCAUGGGCAGUCCACCUGCCUGUCGUCCCGAGUGUACCGGAAGCUCAGAGUGUCCGAGCAAUCGCGCCUGCAUUAAUCGCAAAUGUGCUGAUCCUUGCCCCGGUACUUGCGGCAUUAAUUCCCGCUGCGAGGUCAUCAAUCAUAGCCCGAUUUGUUCCUGCAGGGAGGGAUACACCGGCGAACCAUUCGUCAAUUGUUUCCAAAUGAUCCCCGAAUUCAACCGUACUGUGACACCUCCGAAUCCCUGCGUCCCAUCGCCCUGUGGACCAAACUCCGAAUGUCGAAACAUAAACGGCAAUGCCAAUUGCGCUUGUAACCCCACCUUCGUCGGCAGCCCACCCAAUUGUCGACCCGAGUGCACCAUCAACGCUGAAUGUCCCGGCAACCUUGCCUGCCUACGAUCCAAAUGUCGCGAGCCCUGCCUCGGCUCCUGCGGAUCCAAUGCCCGCUGCGCCGUCGUCAAUCACACGCCAAUGUGCACGUGUCCUGAAAGAUACACCGGGGACCCGUUCACGCGAUGCUUCCCUGCGAUUCAACCUCCAGAACCAAAACCACCGAACCCCUGCGACGAUUGUGGCUCGAAUACCCAAUGCCGAAACGGCCAAUGCGUUUGCUUGCCCGAAUAUCAGGGCGAUCCUUACAUAGGCUGUCGACCCGAGUGCGUUCUCAAUCCUGACUGCUCGCGCGACCGAGCUUGCAUACGAAGCAAGUGUAGGGACCCUUGCGAAGGUACCUGCGGACAAAAUGCCCAGUGCACCGUUGUCAACCACGUUCCUGUCUGCAAUUGUCCACGAGGAAUGACCGGCAAUGCCUUUGUCGUUUGUUCACCGAUGCAAGAACCACCGCAGCCCGAUCCCUGCAAUCCGUCGCCAUGCGGGUCCAACAGCCAGUGUCGAAAAAUAAACGGUCAAGCCGUCUGCUCCUGCAUACCCGAUUACCUCGGCUCACCGCCCAACUGUCGACCCGAGUGCAUCAUUUCAUCCGACUGCGCUCCCAACAUGGCGUGUAGCAAUCAAAAAUGCAUUGAUCCUUGCCCCGGUGCGUGCGGUAUCCGCGCCCAGUGCAACGUCGUCAAUCACAAUCCCAUAUGCUCGUGUCUCAGCGACUUUACCGGCAAUCCGUUCGUCGCGUGUACGCCUAAGCCCAAAGAGCCCGAAGAACCGCCGAGAAAUCCGUGUGAAUCAUCACCCUGCGGACCGAACGCGGAGUGUCGUGUCGUCGGCGAAUCAUAUUCGUGCUCCUGUUACCCCGAAUUUAUCGGUGCGCCACCAAACUGCAGACCCGAAUGUGUUAGUAACAGCGAAUGUGCUACGAACUUGGCAUGCAUCAAUCAAAAAUGUCGAGAUCCGUGCCCCGGUUCUUGCGGAUCCAAUACGGAGUGCCGGGUCAUCAGUCACACGCCGAUGUGCGUUUGUGUUCAAGGAUUCGUCGGUGAUCCUUUCACUCAGUGUAGCCCCGAGCGAGACGAUCCAAUGGUCCCGAGGCCAACGCCCUGCGUGCCAUCGCCAUGCGGUGCGAACGCAGUUUGCCGGGAAUCGAACGGAGUAGGAGCUUGUUCCUGUAACGAGGAUUACAUCGGAAACCCCUACGAGGGUUGUCGACCAGAGUGCGUUGUUAAUUCCGAUUGUCCAGCGAAUCGGGCCUGCAUAAGAUCGAAGUGUCAGGAUCCUUGCCCCGGAACGUGCGGCUCGAACGCCGUUUGUCAAGUCGUUAAUCAUUUGCCGACGUGCUAUUGUCAGCCGGGUUACAACGGAGAUCCGUUCCGUUAUUGCAACGUCGAUGAUGGCCCGGUUGGUCCCCCGAGGAAGGAUCCUUGCGAACCGUCGCCUUGCGGACCGAACAGUCAAUGCCGGGUCUCGAACAACCAAGCGGUUUGUUCCUGCGACCAAAGUUUCGUUGGAACUCCACCCUACUGUCGUCCCGAAUGUACGGUCAGUUCGGAGUGUCCGUUGAACCGAGCCUGUGUCAACCAAAAAUGCGCGGAUCCUUGUCCUCAAAUGUGCGGUAUCAACGCACGUUGCAACGUCAUAAAUCACAGUCCGUUCUGCAGCUGCAAUGCUGGAUUGAUCGGAGAUCCUUUCGUCAGAUGUUUCGCAACGCCCGAAUCUCCUCCAGGCGCAACACGACCGUCAGAGAAUCCUUGCGUGCCAUCGCCCUGCGGACCUUUCUCAAUAUGUCAAAGUGUCGGCGGCAUUCCGUCGUGCACUUGUCAACCGAGCUACGUCGGCUCACCACCAAACUGCAGACCCGAGUGCACCAUCGAUUCCGAGUGUCUCAGCAAUCGAGCUUGCCUACGGUCCAAGUGCGAAGAUCCUUGCCCAGGCUCUUGCGGAAUUAAUGCCCAAUGCACUGUCAUCAAUCACAUGUCGGUGUGCACUUGCGUCAAUGACUACAUCGGCGAUCCUUUCACCAAUUGCUUCCCCAAGCCACCGAUUGUUCCUGGACCGGUAAAUCCCUGCGAACCAUCGCCCUGUGGAUCGAAUGCUCAGUGCCGAGAUGCUGGAAUUUGCACCUGUCUCCCAGGAUACCAGGGCGAUCCUUACAACGGAUGUCGUCCCGAAUGUGUGCAAAAUCCCGAGUGUCCAUCGAACAGGGCUUGCAUGCAGAACAAAUGCGCUGAUCCUUGCCCCGGGGUUUGUGGACAAAAUGCUGAGUGCAUGGUCGUCAAUCACAUACCGAUGUGUAGUUGUCCUCCUGGAACAACAGGCAACGCUUUCACUUCGUGCAUCGAGGCCAGAGAACCCAACGUAACAAGACCUUGCGAACCAUCGCCCUGCGGACCGAACAGUCGAUGCCAGACGAUCAAUGGCCAAGCAGUUUGUUCGUGCGCUCCAGAAUUCUUGGGACAACCUCCAACCUGCAGACCCGAGUGCUCGAUCAAUUCGGACUGUCCUCUCAACCAGGCGUGCAUCAACCAGAAAUGUGGGGACCCCUGCUCUGGAUCUUGCGGCGUUUCGGCACGCUGUCAAGUCGUCAAUCACAAUCCCAUUUGCAGUUGUCCUUCUGUCUUUACCGGGGAUCCAUUCACAAGAUGUUUCCCGAUAUCUCCCCGUCCACCGACGCCACCGAAACCCUGCGAGCCAUCGCCCUGCGGUCCGAACUCGGAGUGUCGCGAUGUAAACGGUUCACCAUCGUGUUCCUGUUUGCCGGAAUACAUGGGAGCGCCACCAAACUGCAGGCCGGAAUGCGUGAGCAACUCCGAGUGUCCGAAUCAUUUGGCAUGCUUCAACCGAAAGUGCGAGGAUCCUUGUCGCGGCUCUUGCAGCCAAAACGCCGAAUGUUUCGUCCACAAUCACACGCCAAUGUGCAGUUGCAUGAGAGGCUACUCGGGCGAUCCGUUCGUCCAGUGCGUGCAACGCGAGCCGGAGGUGCCGGGCUCCCUCGUCAAUCCUUGUGAUCGAAGCCCCUGCGGCGCAAACGCUAUUUGCCGGGAGCGAAACAACGCAGCUUCUUGCAUCUGCGCGAACGGAUACAUCGGCAAUCCUUACGAGGGUUGCCGUCCAGAGUGCACCAUCAACACCGAUUGUCCCGCUGAUUUGGCUUGCAUCAGAUCCAAGUGCCAAAAUCCUUGUCGGGGCACCUGCGGCGUUAACGCCGAAUGCCAAGUUGUCUCGCACUUGCCCAACUGCAAUUGCAUUCCUGGCUUCACCGGCAAUCCGUUUGAGUACUGCAACCGACAACGAAAUGAUCCUGAACCCCCACCGACUGACCCGUGCCAGCCUUCGCCCUGUGGCCAAAACAGCAAUUGUCUCGUCCGAAACGGUCAAGCCGUUUGCUCAUGCACCCCUGGAUUUAUUGGCAACCCACCAAACUGUCGCCCCGAAUGCGUUGUCAGCUCGGAAUGCGAUACUCGACUCGCUUGCAUCAACAAGAAGUGCCAGGAUCCUUGUCCAGGUACUUGCGGCCAGGGGGCCCAGUGCAGGAUCAUCAAUCACAGUCCCAUAUGCAGUUGUCCACCUGGAUUCACUGGAAAUCCGUUCAGCAGUUGCUUCGAAACUCCAAAACCACCAAAUGGCGUGGAAACUCCGUGCAGUCCCUCGCCCUGUGGACCCAACUCGAUUUGUCGCCCGGUCGGUGGCUCGUCCAGUUGCGCUUGCGUCAACAAUUACAUCGGUUCCCCACCGAAUUGUCGUCCCGAGUGCGUCAUCCAUCCCGACUGCACGAGCGACCGUGCUUGCAUCAAUGAAAAAUGUCGAGACCCUUGCCCCGGAUCGUGCGGCUCGAACGCUCGUUGCUCGGUCAUAAAUCACACGCCGAUGUGCACGUGCCCUGAAGGAUACACUGGAAAUCCAUUCGAAAAUUGUUACCCAGCGCCGCAGAUUCCAACUCCUCCAGCACCAACCGAUCGAUGCAAUCCUUCACCGUGUGGUCCGAACGCGAGAUGCCGAGAUGGAACUUGCUCCUGUCUGCCCGAGUACCAGGGCAAUCCUUACACAGGCUGCAGACCCGAAUGCGUUAUCAAUACCGAUUGCUCUCGCGACCGCGCUUGCAUUUCGAACAAAUGCCGUGACCCUUGCCCUGGCGCGUGUGGCCGAAACGCAGAAUGCAACGUUGUCAAUCACCUGCCAAUGUGCAGCUGUCCUAGAAACAUGUCCGGCAAUGCUUUCGUCUCUUGUUCACCGGCUGAAGUCCCGCCGAUGAUGAACGCCUGCAGUCCUUCACCGUGCGGUCCGAACAGUGAUUGUCGAGAGGCUAGUUCAGGGCAGGCAAUUUGCAGUUGUAUUCCUGGCUUCCGGGGAACGCCACCGACCUGCAGACCUGAGUGUGUCGUCAGUUCCGAUUGUGCGAGAAAUCGGGCUUGCAGUAACCAAAAAUGCAUCGACCCUUGCCCUGGCACGUGCGGGCUCGGAGCUCAAUGCGCUGUCAUAAAUCACAAUCCAAUAUGCAGCUGCCCAUCUCAGUACAUCGGAAAUCCUUUCGAAAGAUGCUUACCGCCUCCACGCGAGGAGGAACCUCCAGGAAAUCCGUGCAGCCCCUCGCCCUGCGGCCCCAACGCUCAAUGUCGCGUUGUCAACGGCGCUCCCUCGUGCUCUUGCCUCCCCGGAUUUUUGGGAUCAGCUCCCGGAUGCAGACCCGAGUGUGCCAGUAACAGCGAGUGCCCGAGCGAUCGUGCUUGCAUCAAUCAAAAAUGUCGAGACCCUUGUCCGGGUUCUUGUGGCUCGAACACCGAGUGUAACGUCGUCAGCCACACCCCGAUGUGUUCUUGCGCCACCUCGUUCACCGGGAAUCCGUUUGUCCAAUGCGAGCCUGUCCCAAUUAAACCGGAAGUGAGACCUCCCAGACCCUGUGAACCAUCGCCGUGCGGAGCAAACGCAAUUUGCCGCGAGUCCCGGAGCACUGCUUCGUGCUCGUGCGCUCCUGACUUCUACGGCAAUCCUUACGAAGGUUGUCGUCCCGAAUGCGUUCUGCCCAGCGACUGUACUGCCGACAGGACUUGCAUCAGAUCAAAGUGCCAAGACCCUUGUCCCGGCAGUUGCGGUUUUAACGCGCGCUGUCAAGUCAUUAACCACGUGGCAUCGUGCUCGUGCCAGGACGGCUUCACCGGGGAUGCCUUCCGCUACUGCACCCCCGUCGACCGAAUUCCCGGUGGUAACGAUACGACGAGGAAUCCUUGCGUCCCAUCGCCCUGCGGACCCAACAGCCAAUGCAGAGUUGAAAACACCGAAGCCGCUUGUUCAUGCGACCCUGGGUACAUGGGCAACCCGCCGAAUUGUCGUCCGGAAUGUCGCGUCAGCCAAGAGUGCCCGAGUAAUCUCGCUUGCGUUAGAAUGAAAUGUUCUGAUCCUUGUCCCGGCACUUGUGGCAUCGACUCGAGAUGCGAGGUCAUUAAUCACAGUCCAAUUUGUAGCUGCAGACCGGGUCAGACCGGCGAUCCGUUCUCGAAAUGCUUCGAUCUACGACCUAACAUAGAACCCGAGCCAGGUCCCAAGCAUCCCUGCACACCAUCGCCUUGCGGUCCGUUCUCCGUGUGCCAGGAGACCGAUUCCGGUUACGCGAGCUGCUCCUGUCUCACUAAUUAUAUAGGCUCCCCACCAAACUGUCGUCCAGAGUGUACCUUGAAUUCCGAGUGCCGCAGCGAUCAGGCUUGCAUACGCGAAAAAUGCGCCGAUCCUUGCCCCGGCUCGUGCGGCAAUCGGGCACGUUGCACGGUCGUCAAUCACACCCCGAUGUGCACGUGCUUCGAAGCUCACACGGGCGACCCGUUCAACAGUUGUUAUCCGAUACAGGAGCCCCCGCCAAAACCCCCAGGACCGAGAGACCCCUGCGACCCUUCGCCCUGCGGCCCGAACGCUCGCUGCCAAUCCGGCGUUUGCACCUGCCUGCCGGAGUACCACGGCGAUCCUUAUUUCGGAUGCCGUCCUGAAUGCGUCCAAAAUUACGAUUGCCCACUGAACCGCGCCUGCCUCAACAACAAAUGCGUCGAUCCUUGCCCCGGCGUCUGCGGUCGUUACGAAGAGUGCCAAGUCGUCAAUCACAAUCCGAUAUGCAGAUGCACCCUUAACAAUGGCAAUGCUUAUUUACCCUGCGAACCUCCGAAACCUCCGGGCGACAAUCCCUGCGAACCUUCGCCAUGCGGACCCAACAGCGUUUGUCGUCGUUUCGGCGAUCGAGCCUCCUGUAAUUGUCUACCUGGUUACUUAGGCGUAUCACCCAAUUGUAGACCCGAAUGUGUCGUGAGCUCCGAUUGCGAGCAGAGCAGAGCUUGCAUCAAUGAAAAGUGCGAAAAUCCUUGCACCGGCUCUUGCGGACGUAGCGCAAUUUGCACGGUUCGCAAUCACAAUCCCAUUUGCAUUUGCCCGGAUCGUUUUACCGGAAAUCCUUUCGUCAGUUGUUCCCCCAUGGAAGACUCACCACCACCGCCAAAUCCGUGCGACCCUUCGCCCUGCGGUCCAAACUCUCAAUGCAACAUCACGCCCGGUGGCUCGUCGUCCUGUGCCUGUUUGCCCGAACUUCUAGGACCUCCACCCAACUGUAGACCGGAAUGUCGCGUUAACAGCGACUGCCCGUCCAAUCUCGCUUGCACCAAUAACAAAUGUGCUGACCCAUGCCCUGGCACUUGCGGUAUUAAUGCAAUAUGCCAGGUUUACGUUCAUCAACCGAAAUGCAAUUGUCUUGAGGGUUACGUCGGCGAUCCCUUCAGAGUUUGUUCCGUUGACAAGAAACCGACGGUGGGUCCUCCGGCCAGACCUUGCAGCCCUUCGCCCUGCGGGGUCAACACCUACUGCAGAGAAAGACAAAAAGCUGCGGUUUGCGAGUGUCUGCCGGAUUACAGAGGAAAUCCUUACGAAGGUUGCUAUCCGGAGUGUCUGGUGAACAGCGAUUGCCCGAAUUAUCGUGCCUGCAUUAGGAACAAGUGCGAAGAUCCUUGUCCAGGGACUUGUGGAAUCGGUGCCAUUUGCACUGUUACCAGCCACGUGCCGAAUUGCUCGUGCCCCCCUCCGACCACCGGAAAUGCAUUCAAGGUGUGCAGGGAGGGACCGAAAGUCGAGCCCGAUCCGUGCCACCCAUCGCCCUGUGGACCAAACACCAUUUGCCAACGAAUUGGCAGUAGCGCCGUUUGCAGCUGCCUCCCUGGCCUCGAAGGCGAACCUCACGCACUCGCCGGGUGCCAACCCGAAUGCAUUCUCAGCUCUGAUUGCCCGAGCGAUAAAUCUUGCGAGAAAAAUCGGUGCGUCGAUCCGUGCCGACGAAACAUCUGCGGCCCUGGCGCACUCUGCAGACCCAUCAAUCAUAGUCCGCAUUGCUCCUGUCCUCCGCCAUUAAUUGGAAAUGCAUUCGUCGAAUGUUACGAGAGAGGAGAACCGGAUCCUUGCAACCCAUCGCCGUGCAACGCCAACGGUGAAUGUCGAGUGCAAAACGGAGCAGCAUUCUGUGUCUACCCAGAGUGCAUAAUAAACGCGGAUUGUCCACGUGACCGAGCGUGUUACUCCCAACGCUGUCGCGAUCCUUGCGUCGGAGCCUGCGGUCUCAAUUCGAUCUGUCGAACCGCCAACCACGAGCCCGCUUGCUCCUGUCCGCCCGGCUUCACCGGUGACGCACAAAUUCGAUGCAAACUUUUGGAGCUCAACGAAGCCGAGGCCGAGUGUACAACUAAUUCGGAAUGUUCGAACGACAAAACUUGCUGGAACAACCGAUGCGUCGAUCCUUGCACUCUGGACACUUGCGGCCUCAACAGUCGCUGUCAUCCGCAAAUGCAUCGCGCAGUUUGUAUUUGCAACGACGGCUACGUCGGCAAUGCACAACAAUUUUGUCGUCUCGCUGGUUGUCGAAGCGACAGCGAAUGUUCAUCGCGCGAAGCUUGCAUCAACGAGCGAUGCGUCGACGUCUGUUCACUUACCCAAUGUGGAGCAAACGCCCUUUGCGAAGCCGAUGGUUACCACAGAUCUCGUUGCUACUGUCCGGACGGUUACAUAGUCGAUUCUGCGGACAACUGCGUUAGGCCAGAAUGCACGAACGACAACGAUUGUGCCUCGUUCCUGGCCUGUCGCAACAACAAGUGCGUCGAUCCUUGCGUUUGUCCAGCUUCGGCUCAGUGCAACGUCGAUAAUCAUCGUGCUUCCUGUCGAUGCCCGCCCGGUUUCAUCGGUGAUCCUUAUACUUUGUGCACAGCAGAGCCAUUUGAGCCCCCCGAGUGCAGCCUCGAUGCCGAUUGCCCAAGCAAAUUGGCCUGCUUCUCCGGUACCUGCAGAAACCCAUGCGUUGAAACAAAGCCCUGCAUCACGAACGCAAAAUGUACAGUGGUCGAUACACUACCAAUGAGAACAAUGAUUUGCGAGUGCUUGCCCAAUUUCAUCGGCGAUGCUACGGUCGCGUGUGCGGAAAUUAUCGAUCAAACGAGAAAUUCGUGCCGUUCUGACUCCGAAUGUCCUCCAACAACGGCUUGCUUGAACCAGCGCUGCCUGAGUCCAUGCGCCAUCAAACCUUGUUCAAGCUCAGCCGAGUGCCACGUUGAAAAUCAUCGUUACGUCUGCAGAUGUCCGUCAGGACGCUUGGAGGAUCCUUUCAUCGGCUGCACCGAAGAAGAGCCGCCCAGGCCAGAAUGCACAUCUAAUUCGGACUGCCAGGCAAAUCUCGGCUGCAUAAACCAACGUUGUGUGAAUCCCUGCGUCAAUAAUCCGUGCGGUUCUAACGCCGAUUGUCUGACAAUCGACCAUCAUCCAACUUGUCAUUGUCCCGAAGGCUAUGCAGGAAACCCUCAAAUUCAAUGCUUCAGACCGGAAUGUAAGACCGACGAUGAGUGCCCAUACGACAAAACAUGUAGAAACGGUAAUUGCACAACACCUUGCCUCUUCGGGGAAAUAAUAUGUGGACGUGGAGCCGAGUGCACAGCGACGGCUCACCGUGGCCAAUGCACCUGUCCUCGUGGAACUCAAGGAGAUCCUUACAUAUCGUGCAUAUCCGCUGUUUGCCACUACAACGAGGAUUGUGCAGAUCACGAGGCCUGCGACCGUUUGAACAGAGUUUGUCGUCCGGUUUGCGAAGAAGACACGUGCGCACUUUCCGCGACUUGUCUCCCUCGUAAUCAUCAGCCAAAGUGUGUCUGCGAGCCUGGAACGAGCGGCAAUCCAUACGUCGAGUGCAUCAAAAAUCAUGCUAGGCCGGAAUGUCGAGAGGACAGCGAAUGUUCACCAUCAAACGCCUGCAUCAAUGCGAGAUGUCAAGACCCUUGCGCUUUAUCGAACAUGUGCACAGCGGAACAAGAGUGCCGAGUUCUGAACACUCUGCCAUUGCGAACAAUGAUUUGUCAAUGUCCCGGGGACACAUUCACCGACGAGAACGGAAGAUGUCGACCAAUCGAUUGGUCCGACCCGCUGUGUAAGCUCGACGAGGAAUGCAACAAUCAUGAAAAAUGUUUGAACGGUCAAUGCGUCGAAGCCUGUUUCACACUCCAAUGUGGAAUAAACGCUCAGUGCAAAUCAUCUUCGCACACUGGAAUUUGUUCCUGUCCUGAUAAAUACACUGGAAAUCCAUACUUUCAGUGUUCACCGGAACCGAGAAAUCCAAUGCCUGGAUAUCCAGAAUGUUACAGCAACGACGAGUGUUCGAAAGAUCGUCAGUGCAUCAAUUCGAAAUGUUCAAAUCCUUGCGCCGUGGGCGAUCCGUGCGGCAGAAAUGCCCUCUGCCAUGUCGACAAUCACGACCCAAUCUGUAAAUGUCCGUUCAACUAUUUGGGCGAUCCUAGAAUCGAGUGCAUACCACCUACGAUCGUUCUUGGCUGUGUAUCGAACAGCGAAUGCGCCGGUACUGAAGCCUGCGUUAAUGAACGAUGCACCAAUCCGUGCAACUGCGGACCCAACUCCAAGUGCAUCGUCACCAAUCACUAUCCUUCAUGCGUUUGCAAUCCAGGCUACUCCGGAAAUCCACAGCUCGGCUGUUCGAAACUCGAAUGCGAAUCCGACGUAGAGUGUCCAUACGCAGAAGCUUGUCACGAGGGUCGUUGCAUAAAUGCUUGCAUUUUGAGCAACGGUUGUGCAAUAAACGCGGAAUGUUAUGGCAAAAAUCAUCAAUCGUCGUGUCGCUGCGGUCCAGGCUAUUUCGGUAAUCCUGAGAUUCUAUGCGAGAGAGCAGAGUGUACGAGUGAUCAAGAGUGCUCGCAGCAUUUGUCAUGCAAAAACAAUCGUUGCGUCGAUCCUUGCUUCGAGCGUUCUCUUUGUGCCCAAAAUGCUCAGUGCUACGUUCGCGAUCACAUUCCACUUUGUCGCUGUCCCGAGGAACUACCGAGCGGAGACCCGUACUCGCAUUGCGAGUACUUGCCACCGCCUGACAAACCAGAGUGUCAAAGGGACGUCGAUUGUCCGAGCAAGCUCGCCUGCAUCGACGAGCAUUGCUCUAACCCUUGUCAAGUCAUCAGACCCUGUUUGGAGAAUGCUCGUUGCGGUGUUCUCGAUACAACGCCUGUUAGAACGAUGGUCUGCACCUGUCCUGAAGGAUGGAUCACCGAUGCCGAUGGCCUGUGUCGACAGAUAAUCAUUCGCAUACCUGGAACAUGCAUGAGCGACGACGAGUGCGGAGAGCGUGAGGCUUGUGUGAAUCGUCGUUGCCGCGACCCCUGUAAUUGCGGACGUAACGCGAAGUGUUCCGUGAGAAAUCACAAGCCAGUUUGUUCGUGCGUGGAAGGCUUCGAGGGUAAUCCUGAGGUGGGAUGUUUGACGGUCGAGUGUAGGAGCGAUUCGGAGUGCAGUCGUGACAAGAGCUGCGUCAAUCAAAUUUGCGUCAAUCCAUGUUUGCUGACGAAUGAGCGUUGCGGUACGAACGCUGAAUGCGUGGUCGUCGAGCACGCUCCGGAGUGCCGUUGUCGGGAGGGUUUCCUCGGCAACCCUCGUGGCAAAUGUCACGUGAUAGGAUGUUACAGCAACGGCGAUUGUCCGAGCGACCGUGCCUGCGUCAACAAGCAGUGCGUGGAUCCCUGCAUCCGCGACGACAACACCUGCGCCGCCCGGGCCGAAUGUCGCGUUCGUCAUCAUCUGCCAAGCUGUCGCUGUCCCCCCGGUUACGUUGGCAAUCCCCAGGUCGAUUGUCGCCUCGAGGACGAACCCGAAUGCCGCCUCGACUCCGACUGCUCGAACACACUCGCUUGCUUCAACAACAAAUGCCAAAAUCCUUGCCUCGUUAUCGAACACUGUCAAACACCAUCCGAAUGCAAAGUUUUACCAACUCACCCCGUACGCACCAUGCUCUGCGUCUGCCCCAGUGGAUACGUCAGCAGCGGCAGCGGUACCUGCGAACCUACUAAGCCCGUCAUACCACUCGAAUGUACCAGCGACAGCGACUGCGAACCCUCCAAAUCCUGCAUCAAUGCUCUCUGCAAAGAUCCGUGCAACUGCGGCUCGAACGCUGACUGCAACAUCGUUAAUCAUAAACCAAUUUGCUCGUGUGCCAACGGCUACGAUGGAAACGCUGAUAUUCAGUGUACUCGAAUUCCUGGCUGCCGAUCUGACCGAGAAUGCAGCGAGACUCACACCUGUGUGCAAAACACCUGCGUCCCAGCGUGCUCCCCCAUUCUCGCUCCUUGCGCCAGGGAAGCCGAGUGCUACGGAAUCAAUCAUCAAGCCGUUUGCGAAUGUCCUCCCGGCUACGCCGGCAAUCCACGAGUCUCUUGCAGGCCUGUGGGAUGUCGUAGCAACACCGAUUGCCCUACCAACAAAGCAUGCAUCAAUCAACGCUGCGAAAAUCCGUGCGAAGCCAACCCGUGCAGUGGGCAACUCGAAUGCUCGACUCACAAUCAUGUCGUCGAGUGCUCCUGUCCCCCCGGACACGUCGGUGAUAUCGAUUCUGGCUGUACACCAGUGGUGGAAGUAUGCAAACAGGACGACCAGUGUCCAUCGCAGAAAGCAUGUUUCGAUGGCGACUGUCUGAAUCCAUGCAAGGAAAUCGAGCCUUGUGGCAUAAACGCUAACUGCAAAAUUCUCGAUUCAAAACCCAUAAGAACUAUGAUUUGCGAGUGUCUGCCAGGAUAUCGUGGCAAUGCUGUUGUACGAUGCGACAAAAUAAACCGAUGCUCUCCGGAAAAGGGUCAAAUUCGUGACGAGAAUGGAAGUUGUGUUUGUCCACCGGGAACCGCUAAAGACGAGCGAGACGUUUGUGUGCCUUGUCGCCAGGAAACUGGAAUGAUCAUCACUUCCGAUGGACGAUGCAUUUGUGCUCUCGAACGAGGAAUGAUCAUUGACGAAUAUGGGCGAUGCGUUUGUCCCGUUGAACACGGAUACCGUCUUGAUCUUCAGGGUUACUGCAAACCAACCAUCGUUCCCUGCCAUCACGACGAUGAAUGCGCCGAUGACAAAUACUGCGAAACAACAACGAGAACGUGCGAGGAUCCUUGCCGCAAACAAAUCUGCGCUGUCAACGCAAUUUGCACAGCAAAGAAUCACAAGCCUUCGUGCGCGUGCAUCAGUCACUUCAACGGCGACGGUUACACUAUCUGCACUGGAAAAGGACGCACCGAUUUACCGAAACCAGAUAUGAUGGCGAGUUGCUUGUCAGAUGGUGUUCAGAUCCAAAUACACGUGCAGGAUCAAGGAUUCGACGGUGUUCUUUAUGUCAAGGGACACAGCAAGGACGAAAUGUGUCGCAGAGUUUUGUCGAUACCGGCUGAUUCGCCGGACCGAAUGGAAAUAUUCAAAGUCGCCUUUGGCCAUUGUGGCCUCAUCCACGUGAACGGCCAAGCGAGCUUCGUUCUCGUAAUCCAAAAACAUCCUCAGCUCAUCACUUUCAAAGCUAAAGCUUAUCACGUCAAGUGUAUCUAUCAAACUGGCGAACAAAACGUUACCCUCGGUUUCAACGUAUCGAUGUUGACAACCGCCGGAACGAUCGCGAAUACCGGGCCACCGCCAAUUUGUCUGAUGAGAAUAAUAACGCAAACUGGUAGCGAAAUAAACACCGCUGAGAUCGGCGAAAAUCUCAUGCUCCAAGUCGAAGUUCGACCUUCCUCUAUUUAUGGAGGUUUCGCCCGUAACUGUGUUGCAAAAACGAUGGAAGACAGCAAAGAGAAUGAGUACAUAGUGACCGACGAAAACGGUUGUGCAACAGAUCCUACGAUAUUUGGCGAAUGGGAGCAAAAUCCCGAUUCGGAAUCUCUCGUAGCCAGUUUCAACGCAUUCAAAUUCCCGAGCAGUGACAAUAUUCGAUUUCAGUGUAACAUCCGAGUUUGCUUCGGACGUUGUCAGCCUGUUAAUUGUCGCGGGUACAACGCUUUCGGUAGAAGACGUCGUGACGUCGAUGCUGAGCUCAACGACACAGCUCUGAGCAUCUCCGAAGGUUUCGACGGACAAUUGCGAGAAGAAAUUACCAUCACGUCCAACCUCAUAAGAACGUUGGAAAGGAGAGAGGAAAGAUACACAUCAGAUCCAGCCGAAGCGCCAGCUGCUCAACGAGUGGAAGACAUUUGCGUGUCGAUGGUCGGCUUCAUAAUAGCACUGGUUAUAACAGCGUUAUUGGCGCUCGUGGCGGUAGCUAUUGCCGUUUCCUGUUGGUUAAUGGCGUACAGACGCCAGCCGAAGACUGCCGGUCCACUGCCACAUCCACCAGAAUUUCCAAAUCCAUUGUUCACCACAGAAUCCGUAGCCGAGCCAUCACCGGAUUAUCAUCUAUCGUAAAACUACCCUUCGACGUCCCCCCUCCCCGUAAAAACAGAACAAUCGUGGAGAAAAAAAAAAGAGACAAAAAGUAUCAAACGAAAACAUGCCCGAAAUUAUCUCCUCAAAUGUUUGAUAUCCUAAUGUUAAAUCUUUUUUAAGGAUACUUAUAGAUAGAGAUAUAUAUAUAAUUGCAUUGAACUUCCAAUAAUCGAGGAAUGCAUUCCUGACCACUCGUCCUACUGGUUGGUUAUGUAUUUUCGAGAGCAUCUCCUUCAGUGACUAUUUUACUCUUACUUCUCGUGGAGAUGUUUUUCGAAAAAGAUUUUUUUUCUUUCAUUUCUUCUAUUUGCUCAAAAAAUGCUUUUAUUUAUCGCUUCCAAGAUGGCGAAAACGAUUUUUUUUCUGGGUGAUAUUUUCCUUGCGUGAGAGUCUAUGGCGCGAACUUUUUCAACUACGCUCUCGGGAUAUUGUAGUCAAAAUUUUAUGGUGAUGGUCUUCUGUUUCUAUCCCAAAGUUCGCUUUCUUAUUUAAAAAGAAAAAAAAACAAUACUCAUAGCACACGAUCGAAUCACGGAAUGAAAAAUGAAACACUCCUUUCUCGUUGCCUGCCUUUAGUCACUGGAGGACUUGUCUAAUAUUUAAAUACGAAAAAAAUUAAACACGCGAAACGAAACGAAACGGAAAAAAAAACAAAAACAAUCACGGGGAAUUUAAUUCCCAUGUAAAGUCAAACGAAUUAGUCUAAUGUAGCUUUCUUAUACCGUGUAAUAGACAAUUGUACAUUUUACCUAAUAAACAAGCUAAAUAAAUAAUAAUAAUAUAAAA